AUGGUUACGGUACCUGUAAAACAUGUACUGUUCAACUUUUAAAUAAAGUUUGUUAAUGAUGUCACUUUCUUCCACUUCCUAACUCCUCACACCUGUUCCAGGUUGGAAGUCUUUAGCCCCGUUUAUACCUGGUGCUAACAUGCACCAGGUAUAACAUGCACCAGGUAUAACAUGCUCCAGGUAUAACAUGCUCCAGGUAUAACAUGCACCAGGUAUAACAUGCACCAGGUAUAACAUGCACCAGGUAUAACAUGCACCAGGUAUAACAUGCUCCAGGUAUAACAUGCACCAGGUAUAACAUGCUCCAGGUAUAACAUGCUCCAGGUAUAACAUGCUCCAGGUAUAACAUGCACCAGGUAUAACAUGCUCCAGGUAUAACAUGCACCAGGUAUAACAUGCACCAGGUAUAACAUGCACCAGGUAUAACAUGCACCAGGUAUAACAUGCACCAGGUUUAACAUGCUCCAGGUAUAACAUGCUCCAGGUAUAACAUGCUCCAGGUAUAACAUGCUCCAGGUAUAACAUGCUCCAGGUAUAACAUGCACCAGGUAUAACAUGCACCAGGUAUAACAUGCUCCAGGUAUAACAUGCUCCAGGUAUAACAUGCUCCAGGUAUAACAUGCUCCAGGUAUAACAUGCACCAGGUAUAACAUGCUCCAGGUAUAACAUGCUCCAGGUAUAACAUGCACCAGGUAUAACAUGCACCAGGUAUAACAUGCUCCAGGUAUAACAUGCACCAGGUAUAGUAUAACAUGCUCCAGGUAUAACAUGCACCAGGUAUAACAUGCUCCAGGUAUAACAUGCUCCAGGUAUAACAUGCACCAGGUAUAACAUGCUCCAGGUAUAGCAUGCUCCAGGUAUAACAUGCACCAGGUAUAACAUGCUCCAGGUAUAACAUGCACCAGGUAUAACAUGCACCAGGUAUAACAUGCUCCAGGUAUAACAUGCUCCAGGUAUAACAUGCACCAGGUAUAACAUGCUCCAGGUAUAACAUGCACCAGGUAUAACAUGCACCAGGUAUAAGCGCUGUGAAACUAGCAGUGAGAACAAUUCGACAGGGCCUAUAGAACUCUAUGUUGUCAUGUUACAGAAGUCUCAUGUUCAUAGUGCUGUUGUUGUGCUUUUCUCAGUAUCCAACCCCCUACAUGCAUGCAACACAUUUAUAGGUUCUUACAGCUUCAUAGAUAUGUUCUAAUAUGUUGUGGAUGUCUGUAACUGCUUUAUGUCAAUGUUAUAUAUACGUAUGUGAGGGUUAUUGCACUAUUCAAGGGCCCCGUGUAGCUCAGUUGAUAGAAUAUGGCGCUUGCAACACCAGGGUUGUGGGUUCGUUUUCCACGGGGGGCCAGUAUGAAAAUGUAUGCACUCACUAACUGUAAGUCGCUCUGGAUAAGAGCGUCUGCUAAAUGACUAAACUGUAAAUGUAAAUGUAAACAUGCGUCUUGUCCACGUUCUGAUUGUGCCCACAUUUUUAGACAAAAGUAUAAAAUUAAGAUAUGCAUUGUAAUCUGAUUGUGAUCAGAUCUUCCUGACCACCUCUGGAGGAUCCAUUGUAUCUGGAUAUCAAUCAAGUAUAAACAGACCAAGAUGGUCAAACUCUUUAAAUCAUCAUUAUACUGGCCUCUAAAACCAUUGACAGGUAGCACGAUUGACUUAUGGCAUCGAUAAUUGUCGUAAAAAAAAUCAAGAAAAUAAUAUCUGUUAAAGAAUUUGCUUACAGGGUGGCACCAGGAACUCUGGUCACAAUGCAGACACGGUAGACUUAUAAGAGACACAUUUCAAAACCAUGUGUAGACGCGACAAAGUAGAUCAGAUAGUGAUGGAUCAUAUCACCCACGACUUCCGCUUUUGGAUGUUAACAAGGCGACACUCAAUCCUGGAUGUUAACAAGGUGACACUCAACCCAGGCAGAACCCUUUUUGUGGUUCCAGGCAGAACCCCUUGUGGUUCCAGGCAGAACCUGCAAUUUCUCUCUGUUGUAAUUUUAAGCCUUACAUGAGUAGGCUACACAGAUUCGUGUAGUGCGUUAAAACGAAUGCCAUUCAGCCCUGAAGCUUUUUGCAUGGACCCAGGGGUUUGCCACUCCAAGCCUAAUUCCCCUGCACACUCCCCUGUUGAAUUUUAGCAUCCACUCUCACCUUGCCACUGCACUGAAUCAUCUGGCAGUGGCAAGGACCAGCGGUGCCUUGGGGAGAAUUUAAAUGGCAUACUCACCUCUCUCCUCUCUCCUCGGCUCCUUCUCAAAACCCAUUGGAGGACAAGGUUUUGCGAAAGGGACGAGGACGCGAGGAGUAUGCAAUUACGAUCUUCCCUUAGUGUAGGAUUUCAUAGCCUCCAAUUCUAUCACAUUUACGCAGCUUGGGGGAAGCCGUGACAGCAAGAUGAUUUGAGGCGAAAAUGUGCAUUGAUGUGUGCGCUGGAGCUACCACGCCAUCGGUGAAUUAAGUGCGCAUUGUGCUUUAAUGUCAUUUUAUGUAUUGACUUCUAAGAUAAAAAAUAACGAGGAAAAUCAAUUGUGUACAUUCCAGUCUACAGGUGAUCUGUUCAAAGUGGAAAUGGCCAUAAUUCCACCCCACACACGCUUACAGAAAUGUCCAAUGACGCACGACAAAGGACUGGACUACAAUAGGACACUUGGUUUGACGCACACAAAGCGCAGUAAACCCACAAUAAAAGUUUACACGGGUGGCGUUAGUUGUGAUAAUACAAAUUCAAAACAGAUUAUAGCUUCAGUAAUGUGACUUUGUUGUGCAAGACACUCGUGCAGACCGCCAGUGGCAAGCGCAGGCUCCGACGCAGCGGAGAGAUGGUUUUAGAUGCAUCUCGCCCGGUGGUGGGGAGAUAGGCUUCCCGCUACCUCCCUCAGCGCACGUCAUUGGAGACUUAAUUAAAUAGACGGCAGUUCAGUGAGAGUGGACAGUGAGCUGAGUUGAUCUGGCGCAUUCAAACAGCUUCGAACACUCAAGAUGCGCGUCCGUCUCUAUUGGAUUCUUUUCGUGACAUCUUUGGCUCCAUCUGUGAGUAUUUGAAGUGCUUUCUGCCACAGUAUGACUUACUGUACACAGAUGUUGAGGGCCGUAUUGAUCAUGCAUUAGACUCUAAAAGUGUAAACAACUGCCUGAGCGUUGGCAAUUAGGCUACGUGCGUGUAUACAGAAUAGGUUAUCACCUACAUGUUUUGGAUAACAAAAAAUGUCACGUGUAUGAUGAAGAAAUACACUGUGUACAAAACAUUAAGGACACCUGCUCUUUCAAUGAUAUAGACUGACCAGGUGAAUCUAGGUGAAAGUUAUUGUAGUGUCGAGAAAACUAUGUUAAUUAUGCUGUGAGAACAAGGAAAUCCGCUGACACUGUCCUCGAUUAUAAUUAUUUAUUACAUUUGAAGAUCUCAGCGCCAAUUUACAGAUAUCUGCAGACAUCUGGAGAAUAACCUGACCCAAACUCUAAAUAUGUUAUUCUCCCCGUCCUCUGUCCCAAACCAUAGUAUAUAUCUUAUGUAACCUGAUAUGGGUGUUUUCCCCUACAGACCAAUCCCAGGACUCCACCUAACAGACUUCCUCUGCUUUUGGGUGCCCCUAUAGAACUACUCUCCAGAUGCUUCCCUUAAGCUGAGUCAACAUCCUCUAAAACCAUUUGCAACCAUUAGCAAAGUCAUAAAUUGUUCAGAUACCACACUAUGAUCCCUGAUUGAUGUCACUUGUUAAAUCCACUUCAAUCAGUGUAGAUGAAGGGGAGGAGACAGGUUAAAGAAGGAUUUUUAAGCCUUGAGACAUGGAUUGUGUAUGUGUGCCAUUCAGAGGGUGAAUGGGAAAGACAAAAUAUUUAAGUACCUUUGAACGGGGUAUGGUAGUAGGUGCCAGGCGCACCGGUUGGUGUCAAGAACUGCAAAGCUGCUGGAUUUUUCACGCUCAACAGUUUCCCCUGUGUAUCAAGAAUGGUCCACCACACUCAGUGUACACUUUCAUGCGUCCCUUCAUUUCCUUUUUUGAAAUAUCAAACUUUUAUGUAGCUGUAGGGUUUCCUUUAUAAUAAUAAUACAAAAAAGUAUUUAUUAUUAUUAUUAUUAUUAUUAUUUUACCCUCUUUUCUCCCCAAUUUCGUGAUUACGAUCUUGGCUCAUUGCUGCAACUCCCCAAAGGCCUCCGAAACAUGACCCGUCAAACCUCGCUUCUUAACACCCGCCAGCUUAACCAGGGAGCCAGCCGCACCAAUGUGUCGGAGGAAACACCGUUCAACUGACGACCUGUCAGCCUUCAGGCGCUCAGCCUGCCAAAAGGAGUCACUAGAGUUUUUAUUUUUUAUUUUAUUUUAUUUCACCUUUAUUUAACCAGGUAAGCCAGUUGAGAACAAGUUCUCAUUUACAACUGCGACCUGGCCAAGAUAAGCAAAGCACGAUGAGUACGAUGAGUCCAUUAUAAUAAAUUAGAAAGACCGCAACGAGAUAGCUAUAUAACAUUUUAAGCACAAGUGUGUGUCUGUAUUUGUGUUUGCGCGCGUGCGUUCGUGUGUGUCUGUGUACGUGAGUGUUCGUGUGACUGUAGAGGGGUCUUUCAUUGUUGUAAUUAAAUCCAUGGCAGGAAAGCCUCAUAAUGAAUGAGUUUGUGCUGACACUGAUUGUCUUCUAAUAAGCCCUGCUCCUCCACAGGGAAAUUAUAAUUAAAGUUCUUCUUCAAGGUUAAUGUUAAUCACAUGGGACUAGGUGGUAUCUGCAUAGUAAUGAUGCGCUUUAUUAAUUAAUGUUGUUUGUGCCACAAUGUCUAAAGGCAGUCACCACAUAUCCACAUUUUGAAGUGUAGCCAGGCUAUUAAAUGAACAACGUUUCAUUUAUGAAAUUAAAAGUAGCCUAUGUGUUCUCAUAUAAAAGUAGCAUUUGUGUUAGCCUGUUGGUCCCAGAACUGUUUGUGCUGUCUGUUUGCAGACUUCUAUGGCUGGUGUGUGGCAAUGACAAUGACCAUAUAGUCUAGUAGUUGACAAGACAACACAAUUAGAUCUGGGACCACCAGGCUAGGUUUGUAUUGAAUUUUUGUUGGAAUAUACUAGUAAUCUAUGACCAUGUUGGCUUUCCUCUUCCUCCACAUGGGCAGGCCUGAGGGCCAGUCUGUUUGUGCUAUCAUGCCAACUCCUUGUCAUGCCAAUGACAAUGUCAUGUUCGGCUUCUCAAUGACAGCUAUGGCGUUUGCAAGAGCACAAACAGAUGGGACCAGGCAUACGGUGCACUGAUUUAACCAGAGCCAAGGGUGAUGUUGUCUCUGUCAAAAUUAAAUGUUAUCAGUCAGAAUUAAAUGUCAAAAUUAAAUGUGAUCAGUGAAAAUGAUCUGUUGUUCUUGGCCCAUUCACUUUAGCAGAGACACCAAAUAACCUAGCUCUGGUCCACGAUGUUAGUGUGCAUUUCUCCAUGCUCAUUAACAACCUGGACUAGGAGCACACACUAACGACCUGGACCAGAGCUAAAAAUAGCCCAGCAAAUACCCUAUGUUCAGCUUGGCGGGUUAUGACUGAUUCAACAAGCCAUUAGGGUCUGGUUAUGAAUGAACAUACAGUACCAGUCAAAAGUUUUUCUUUAUUUUUACUAUUUUCUACAUUGUAGAAUAAUAGUGAAGACAUCAAAACUAUGAAAUAACACAUAUGGAAUCAUGUAGUAACCAAAAAAGUGUUAAACAAAUCAAAAUAUAUUUUAGAUUUUAGAUUCUUCAAAGUAGCCACCCUUUGCCUUGAUGACAGCUUUGCACACACUUGGCAUUCUCUCAACCAGCUUCAUGACGAAUGCUUUUCCAACAGUCUUGAAGGAGUUCCCACAUAUGCUGAGCACUUGUUGGCUGCUUUUCCUUCACUCUGCGGUCCAACACAUCCCAAACCAUCUCAAUUGGGUUGAGGUCGGGCGAUUGUGGAGGCUAGGUCAUCUGAUGCAGCACUCCAUCACUCUCCUUGGUCAAAUAGCCCUUACACAGCCUUUAGGUGUGUUUUGGGUCAUUGUCCUGUUGAAAAAACAAAUGAUAGUCCCACUAAGCGUAAAACAGAUGGGAUGGCGUAUCGCUGCAGAAUGCUGUGGUAGCCAUGCUGGUUAUGUGUGCCUUGAAUUCUAAAUACAUCACUGACAGUGUCACCAGCAAAGCACCCCCACACCAUCACACCUCCUCCUCCAUGCUUCCCAAUGGGAACCACACAUUCGGAGAUAAUCCGUUCACCUACUCUGCGACUCAUAAAGACGCGGCGGUUGGAACAAAAAAUCUCAAAUUUGGACUCAUCAGACCAAAGGACAGAUUUCCACCGAUUUAAUGUCCAUUGCUCGCUGUUUCUUGGCCCAAGCAAGUCUCUUCUUAUUAUUGGUGUCCUUUAGUAGUGGUUUCUUUGCAGCAAUUCGACCAUGAAGGCCUGAGUCAAGCAGUCUCCUCUGAACAGUUGAUGUUGAGAUGUGUCUGUUACUUGAACUCUGUGAAGCAUUUAUUUGGGCUGCAAUCUGAGGUGCAGUUAACUCUAAUGAACUUAUCCUCUGCAGCAGAGGUAACUCUGGGUCUUCCUUUCCUGUGGCGGUCCUCAUGAGAGCCAGUUUCACCAUAGCGCUUGAUGGUUUUUGCGACUGCACCUGAAGAAACAUUCAAAGUUCUUGACAUUUUCUGAAUUGACUGUCCUUCAUGUCUUAAAGUAAUGAUGGACUGUCGUUUCGCUUUGCUUAUUUGAGCUGUUCUUGCCAUAAUAUGGACUUGGUCUUUUACCAAAUAGGGCUAUCUUCUGUAUAUCACCCCUACCUUGUCACAACACAACUGAUUGGCUCAAACGCAUUAAGAAGGAAAGAAAUUCCAAAAAUUUACUUUUAACAAGGCACACCUGUUAAUUGAAAUGCAUUCCAGGUGACUACCUCAUGAAGAUGGUUGAGAGAAUGCCAAGAUUGUGAAAAGCUGUCAUCAAGGCAAAGGGUGGCUAUUUUAAGAAUCUCAAAUAUAAAAUAUAUUUUGAUUUGUUUAACACUUUUUUGGUUACUACAUGAUUCCAUAUGUAUUAUUUCAUAGUUUUGAUGUCUUCACUAUUUUUCUACAAUGUAGAAAAUAGUAAAAAUAAAGAAAAACCCUGGAAUGAGUAGGUGUGUCCAAACUUUUGACUGGUACUGUACUUUAUCUCCAGGGGUUUAUGUAUGUGACAUCUGCCAAGUUAAAACCACUGUAUGUGUGUUUUACGAGCUGUUUUGUAUUCCUGUCCCAAGUUAACAGUAUGACAGUUUUUCAGAAUUUAGAUGAAAAAAGUAUAAAUAUCCAGGAUAAUAAUGGACAGUGUGAUUAUCAAACUAGGCUUGGUGGUGAUAUGUGGAUGUGGCAGCUCAUCAUCAGUGUCUCUUACCUCAUUCCAUUCCGAUGACCCCUAACCUCUAACUGUAGCAUAACGAGAAAGAAUUCUAAGCACUAAUAAUAAUAAUAAUAAUAACAACAACAAUAAUUAUAAUAUGGGUCUUUCUGUCUAUCUGUUCACCCUCUCCCAUUCUCUCUCUCUCUCUCUGUCUCUCUCUCUCUGUCACACACAUUCUCCCUCUCUCUCGCUCCCACUUUUGUUCCUUCGUUCUCUCCCUCCUCUCCCCCCUCUCUCUCACUCUGUCCCUCUCUCCUCUCCCCCCUCUCUCUCACUCUUUCCCUCUCUCCCUCCUCUCCCGCCCUCUCUCCCCUCUUUCUCCACUAAUGCAAUCGCAGAUUUUUAAAGAUAUUAUCAUCUUAAUUUUGUCUAUCUCCCUCAAAAGACACAAGUGGCGAGAGUGGAAAGUGGCAUUUACCGUCUGCUGUUGAUAAACAGCAGCUGUUCUUUGUCAACAGAGCGCUCUUAUUUGUCCAUCUCUAUGGCUACGUUCCAAAUGGUACCCUAUUCCCUAUAUAGACCACUACUUUUGACCACAGCCCACAGGGCUUCCAAUAUUCAACUACCUGUAUUUUCAACAACAAAAAUAUCUGAAUAGUUACUUCGAAAUGUAGGUGAAAAUAAUUGAGAUAUUUGAUAUAGUGUUCAUGUGUGUGUCUGUCUCAUUACCUUGGCAACUGGACAAAAGCAGUACAGAAGAGAAUCCAAAAUCUGCAAAGUGAAGCUGAUUUGAUGGUACCUCUUUGGAUAGUUAGUACAUAAUGGGUGUACCUCUAUUUCAAAGAACAUUUCAUAGUGUGCUGAGAACACUGAGUUCUGGUUUGGCCUUAUAGGCAAGUGGUGCACCCCCUAUCCACAUUGACGAGACUGCAGUGGAGAAGCUGGAAAGCUUCAAGUUCCUUGGCGUACACAUCACUGACAAACUGAAAUGGGCCACCCACACAGACAGUGGGGUGAAGAAGGCGCAACAGAGCCUCUUCAAUCUCAGGAGGCUAAAGAAAUUUGGCUUGGCACCAAAAACCCUCACAAACUUUUACAGAUGCACAAUUGAGAGCAUCCUGUCGGGCUGUAUCACCACCUGAUACGGCAACUGCACCGCCCGCAACCACAAGGCUCUCCAGAGGGUAGUGCGGUCUGCACAAUGCAUUACCCGGGGCAAACAACCCGCCCUCCAGGACACCUACAGCACAGGAAGGCCAAAAAGAUGUCACAGGAAGGCCAAAAAGAUCAUCAAGGACAUCAACCACCCGAGCCACUGCCUGUUCACCCUGCUGUCAUCCAGAAGGCGAGGUCAGUACAGGUGCAUCAAAGCUGGGACCGAGAGACUGAAAAACAGCUUCUAUAUCAAGGCCAUCAGGCUGUUAAACAUCCAUCACUAGCACAUUAGAGGCUGCUGCCUAUAGACAUACAGUGAGGAAAAAAAGUAUUUGAUCCCCUGCUGAUUUUGUACGUUUGCCCACUGACAAAAAAAUGAUCAGUCUAUAAUUUUAAUGGUAGGUUUAUUUGAACAGUGAGAGACAGAAUAACAACAAAAAAAUCCAGAAAAACGCAUGUCAAAAAUGUUAUAAAUUGAUUUUCAUUUUAGGGAAAUAAGUAUUUGACCCCCUCUCAAUCAGAAAGAUUUCUGGCUCCCAGGUGUUUUUUAUACAGGUAACGAGCUGAGAUUAGGAGCACACUCUUUAAGGGAGUGCUCCUAAUCUCAGCUUGUUACCUGUAUAAAAGACACCUGUCCACAGAAGCAAUCAAUCAAUCAGAUUCCAAACUCUCCACCAUGGUCAAGACCAAAGAGCUCUCCAAGGAUGUCAGGGACAAGAUUGUAGACCUACACAAGGCUGGAAUGGGCUACAAGACCAUCGCCAAGCAGCUUGGUGAGAAGAUGACAACAGUUGGUGCGAUUAUUCGCAAAUGGAAGAAACACAAAAGAACCGUCAAUCUCCCUCGGCCUGGGGCUCCAUGCAAGAUCUCACCUCGUGGAGUUGCAAUGAUCAUGAGAACACUGAGGAAUCAGACCAGAACUACACGGGAGGAUCUUGUCAAUGAUCUCAAGGCAGCUGGGACCAUAGUCACCAAGAAAACAAUUGGUAACACACUACGCCGUGAAGGACUGAAAUCCUGCAGCGCCCGCAAGGUCCCCCUGCUCAAGAAAGCACAUAUACAUGCCCGUCUGAAGUUUGCCAAUGAACAUCUGAAUGAUUCAGAGGAGAACUGGGUGUAAGUGUUGUGGUCAGAUGAGACCAAAAUCGAGCUCUUUGGCAUCAACUCAACUCACCGUGUUUGGAGGAGGAGGAAUGCUGCCUAUGACCCCAAGAACACCAUCCCCACCGUCAAACAUGGAGGUGGAAACAUUAUGCUUUGGGGGUGUUUUUCUGCUAAGGGGACAGGACAACUUCACCGCAUCAAAGGGACGAUGGACGGCGCCAUGUACCGUCAAAUCCUGGGUGAGAACCUCCUUCCCUCAGCCAGGGCAUUGAAAAUGGGUUGUGGAUGGGUAUUCCAGCAUGACAAUGACCCAAAACACACGGCCAAGGCAACAAAGGAGUGGCUCAAGAAGAAGCACAUUAAGGUCCUGGAGUGGCCUAGCCAGUCUCCAGACCUUAAUCCCAUAGAAAAUCUGUGGAGGGAGCUGAAGGUUCGAGUUGCCAAACGUCAGUCUCGAAACCUUAAUGACUUGGAGAAGAUCUGCAAAGAGGAGUGGGACAAAAUCCCUCCUGAGAUGUGUGCAAACCUGGUGGCCAACUACAAGAAACGGCUGACCUCUGUGAUUGCCAACAAGGGUUUUGCCACCAAGUACUAAGUCAUGUUUUGCAGAGGGGUCAAAUACUUAUUUCCCUCAUUAAAAUGCAAAUCAAUUCAUAACAUUUUUGACAUUCGUUUUUCUGGAUUUUGUUGUUGUUAUUUUGUCUCUCACUGUUCAAAUAAACCUACCAUUAAAAUUAUAGACUGAUCAUGUCUUUGUCAGUGGGCAAACGUACAAAAUCAGCAGGGGAUCAAAUACUUUUUUCCCUCACUGUAGACUAGAAAUCACUGGCCACUUUAAGAAUGGAACACUAGUCACUUUAAUAAUGUUUACAUAUCUUGCAUUACUCAUCUCUUAUGUAUAUACUGCAUUCUAUACUAUUCUACUGUAUCUUAGUCCAUGCCGCUCUGACAUCGCUCGUCCAUAUAUGUAUAUAUUCUUAAUUAAUUCCUUAACUAGAUUUGUGUGUAUUGGGUACAAGUUGUGAAAUUGUUAGAUAUUACUUGCUAGAUAUUACUGCACUGUCGGAGCUAGAAGCACAAGCAUUUCGCUACACCCGCAAUAACAUCUGCUAUACACAUGUAUGUCUCACAGCUUCAUGGCACUUCCAAAAUAAGCACCUCCCUCCGGCCUCCACACAACAACAAUAUUUGGUUUACAAGAACUCACACGCACACACGCACACACACACAACACACACACACACACACACAUCUCUCUAUCUUACAAUUGUAUCUAUACUGUAUACUGCUCAAGUUGAGUGCUUUGGAGAACCCACUUUCACCUCAGUGGGGGAGCAGUCUGUGCAUAGGGACACCUACUGUAGUCUACACUGUUGCACAACCAUAGGAAGCAGCCUAGUACGGAAUAAACAUUGCAUUGAAGUGUGUGUGUACACACACUUCCGACAGUGUGUGUGUGCUUAAUCUCUAAGCAUAAUAACUAAGCUAAAAUCCACUAUCUCUCUCUCUGCUAAUGUAUUGUGCUCUCUCUCUCUCUCUCUCUCUCUCUCGCUCUCUCGCUCUCUCUCUCUCUCUCUCUCUCUCAUAUGUUCCUCCAUCUUACUUUUCCAGUGAAAAGCUAGAGGAGACAAUAAUUGUGGAGUAAAUUGCUUAAUAAAAUCUCUCAUUAGGCUAUUAGCGAUGCAUUAGAAACAAGGUAAGGCAUUAACCAAGACAUUAAAGGCACAGUACACUGAGUAUACCAAACAUUAGGAACACCUUCCUAAUUUUGAGUUGCACCGCCCCCCUUUUACCCUCACAACAGCCUGAAUUCGUGGGGCAUGGACUCUACAAUGUAUCGAAAGUGUUCCACAGGGAUGCUGGCCUAUGUUGACUCCAAUGCUUCCCACAGUUGUGUCAAGUUGGCUGGAUGUCCUUUGGGUUGUGGACCAUUCUUGAUACACACGGGAAACUGUUGAGCGUAAAAAACCCAGCAGUGUUGCAGUUCUUGACACAAACCGAUGCGCCUGGCACCUACUACCAUACCCUGUUAAAAGACAUUUAAAUAUUUUGUCUUGCCCACGAGUGAUGUCACCAGGCAGGUGAAAACUCCAUCCCAUCAAAACAGGCUAACAGUCCUAGCAAAAUUCUUGCUUAAGAAAUAAAUGUUUUGCUAAGAAGCUAUUUUUGGUUUUUUUGGACCUUUUUAAUUGAAAAUAUUACACUUAAUUGUUACUCAGAAAUGAGUUGAUAUUGAGAUACAAACUGCUACAUUGGAACUUUAACAGUUCUUUAUCCCUCAUCCUCUGAAACAGUUAUGUACUCACAUUGAGGCAGAAAGGCACUGCAAACAAAAGAACCAGCUAACUGGGUCAAGUAUUACAAAAACUACUAAAAAGUGUUUUCACAGACAAAGUUGGAAGUUGAGCAUUGAACUCCACUAGGAUAUCUGACUGAUUUUAUUAAUUGUGGCAUUUUGCUUACCACAUGAGAACAUUUGGUCACAUUUGGCAAUGCACCCACCUACAUACAGUGCCUUCGGAAAGUAUUCAGACCCCUAGACGUUUUUCACAUUUUGUUAUGUUACAGCCUUAUUCUAAAAUGGAUUUUAAAAAAAGAAUCCUCAGCAAUCUACACACAAUACCCCAUGAUGACAAAGCGAAAACAGGUUUUCAGAAAAUUUUGCACAUUUAUUAAAAAUUAAAAACAGAAAUACCUUAUUUAUAUAAGUAUUCAGACCCUUUGCUAUGAGACUUGAAAUUGAGUUCAGGUGCAUCCUGUUUCCGUUGAUCAUACUUGAAAUGCUUCUACAACUUGAUUGGAGUCCACCUGUGGUAAAUUCAAUUGAUUGGACAUGAUUUGGAAAGGCACACACCUGUCUAUAUAAGGUCCCACAGUUGACAGUGCAUGUCAGAGCAAAAACCAAGCCAUGAGGUCAAAGGAAUUGUCCGUAGAGCUCCAAAACAGGAUUGUGUCGAGGCAAAGAUCUGGGGAAGGCUACCAAAAAAUGUCUGCAGCGUUGAAGGUCCCCAAGAACACAGUGGCCUCCAUCAUUCUUAAAUGGAAGAAGUUUGGAACCACCAAGACUCAAAUAUGGUUAAACUCAAAUAUACUAAUUGAUUAAAAAAACUCUUUUUUUUGACAAAAUUUUUAAAGAAGGUAUAAUCUUCGUAAAUAAUAUCAUCGGUAGGACUGGUGGAGUUACGUCGCACAUGCAGCUAACAAAAACAUAUGGAAAUGUCUGCUCUACCCAAAAUUACAACCAAAUAAUUGCAGCAUUACCACAAAAAUGGAAGAGGAAAGUAAGGAACAUGUCUGUCGGCCUUAUAUUUUAAAUUUUAGUCAUUUAGCAGACGCUCCUAUCCAGAGCGACUUACAGUUAGUGAGUGCAUACAUUUUAUUUUAUUUAUUUUUCAUACUGGCCCUCCGUGGGAAUCGAACCCACAACCCUGGCGUUGCAAGCGCCAUGCUCUACCAACUGAGCUACACGGGGCCAUAUUAAAGAACAUAAUUGCUUAAAGAAAACUGUGAUAAAUAAAAAAGUAUACCAGUUUAAUUUAAGGACCAAAUAGAUUGCAAAAUAGUUGGGAAGAGAUUUUUGACUUACGGAUUCCAUGGCAUAGUGUUUAUGAACUGAUACGCAAAAUGACGCCGGAUUCAAAACUUAGAAUUUUUCAAAUUAAAUUAUUAUACAAAAUUCUUGCUACCAAUAGAAUGUUAUUUAUACGGGGGAUACAAUCUUCCCAGCUCUGCAGAUUUCGCUGCGAAGAGACAGAAUCAUUAGAUCAUUUGUUUUGGUAAUGUCCAUUUUUAGCUUGAUUCUGGACACAGGUCCAGGAAUGGCUGAAGGAUUGCAAUAUUUACCUGGAGCUAACCCAGCAGAUAGCACUACUGGGUGAUCUGAAAAGUCAUAGUCAAUCGAUCAAUAAUAUAAUAAUACUUUUAGCAAAAAUGUUUAUUUUCAAUUUACAAUCUUUAGAAACAAUGAGAAUAGAAGGGUUCAGAACUUUAGUAAAACAUCACAGUACAGUUGAAAAAUAUAUGGCAAAUAGAAAUCCAAUAUGGAUGGUGUUAAGAGAUAGAUGGGAGGGGUUGAAUGGAGCUGAAGGAUGGGACUAAUAACAACUAACAACAACUAAUAACAACAAGAUAACUAAUAAUGUAAAGCAUACUGUGUCCAUAAUAGGUAUAUAGGUUAUAGGUUGAGAGCUUUUGUGAAAGAGCACAGUUAGAAAGAUAUGGCAUAUAGAAGCAAACCGGAUGGACAUCAUGAAAAUGAACGGAGAGGUUGAGGGUAGAGGAAGUUCAGGAGUAAAAACAAACAAAAUAUAAUUAUUGUAAAAUUGACUGUGUCCAUAAAAUGUACAUAGUAUGUAUAAGCUGGAAGUAGAGGCCUAAGCAUUGUUGUUUACUAGUUUACUCAAAUUAGGGAAGGGGUGGCGGUGUUGGAAAGUAAUAAAGGGAAAUAUAUUUUUUUAAAGGAUAUGUACAGUGGGGAAAAAAAGUAUUUAGUCAGCCACCAAUUGUGCAAGUUCUCCCACUUAAAAAGAUGAGAGAGGCCUGUAAUUUUCAUCAUAGGUACACGUCAACUAUGACAGACAAAUUGAGGAAAAAAAAUCUAGAAAAUCACAUUGUAGGAUUUUUAAUGAAUUUAUUUGCAAAUUAUGGUGGAAAAUAAGUAUUUGGUCACCUACAAACAAGCAAGAUUUCUGGCUCUCACAGACCUGUAACUUCUUCUUUAAGAGGCUCCUCUGUCCUCCACUCGUUACCUGUAUUAAUGGCACCUGUUUGAACUUGUUAUCAGUAUAAAAGACACCUGUCCACAAACUCAAACAGUCACACUCCAAACUCCACUAUGGCCAAGACCAAAGAGCUGUCAACGGACACCAGAAACAAAAUUGUAGACCUGCACCAGGCUGGGAAGACUGAAUCUGCAAUAGGUAAGCAGCUUGGUUUGAAGAAAUCAACUGUGGGAGCAAUUAUUAGGAAAUGGAAGACAUACAAGACCACUGAUAAUCUCCCUCGAUCUGGGGCUCCACGCAAGAUCUCACCCCGUGGGGUCAAAAUGAUCACAAGAACGGUGAGCAAAAAUCCCAGAACCACACGGGGGGACCUAGUGAAUGACCUGCAGAGAGCUGGGACCAAAGUAACAAAGCCUACCAUCAGUAACACACUACGCCGCCAGGGACUCAAAUCCUGCAGUGCCAUACGUGCCCCCCUGCUUAAGCCAGUACAUGUCCAGGCCCGUCUGAAGUUUGCUAGAGUGCAUUUGGAUGAUCCAGAAGAGGAUUGGGAGAAUGUCAUAUGGUCAGAUGAAACCAAAAUAUAACUUUUUGGUAAAAACUCAACUGGUCGUGUUUGGAGGACAAAGAAUGCUGAGUUGCAUCCAAAGAACACCAUACCUACUGUGAAGCAUGGGGGUGGAAACAUCAUGCUUUGGGGCUGUUUUUCUGCAAAGGGACCAGGACGACUGAUCCGUGUAAAGGAAAGAAUGAAUGGGGCCAUGUAUCGUGAGGUUUUGAGUGAAAACCUCCUUCCAUCAGCAAGGGCAUUGAAGAUGAAACGCGGCUGGGUCUUUCAGCAUGACAAUGAUCCCAAACACACCGCCCGGGCAACGAAGGAGUGACUUCGUAAGAAGCAUUUCAAGGUCCUGGAGUGGCCUAGCCAGUCUUCAGAUCUCAACCCCAUAGAAAAUAUUUGGAGGGAGUUGAAAGUCCAUGUUGCCCAGCAACAGCCCCAAAACAUCACUGCUCUAGAGGAGAUCUGCAUGGAGGAAUGGGCCAAAAUACCAGCAACAGUGUGUGAAAACCUUGUGAAGACUUACAGAAAACGUUUGACCUGUGUCAUUGCCAACAAAGGGUAUAUAGCAAAGUAUUGAGAAACUUUUGUUAUUGACCAAAUACUUAUUUUCCACCAUAAUUUGAAAAUAAAUUCAUAAAAAAUCGUACAAUGUGAUUUUCUGGAUUUAUUUUUCUCAUUUUGUCUGUCAUAGUUGACGUGUACCUAUGAUGAAAAUUACAGGUCUCUCUCAUCUUUUUAAGUGGGAGAACUUGCACAAUUGGUGGCUGACUAAAUACUUUUUUUUUGGGGAGAACAAGUAUUUGAUGCACUGCCGAUUUUGCAGGUUUUCCUACUUACAAAGCAUGUAGAGGUCUGUAAUUUUUAUCAUAGGUACACUUCAACUGUGAGAGACGGAAUCUAAAACAAAAAUCCAGAAAAUCACAUUGUAUGAUUUUUAAGUAAUUAAUUUGCAUUUUAUUGCAUGACAUAAGUAUUUGAUCACCUACCAACCAGUAAGAAUUCCGGCACUCACGGACCAGUUAGUUUUUCUUUAAGAAGCCCUCCUGUUCUCCACUCAUUACCUGUAUUAACUGCACCUGUAUGAACUCGUUACCUGUAUAAAAGACACCUGUCCACACACUCAAUCAGAGAGCUGUGUAAGGACAUCAGGGAUAAAAUUGUAGACCUGCACAAGGCUGGGAUGGGCUACAGGACAAUAGGCAAGCAGCUUGGUGAGAAGGCAACAACUGUUGGCGCAAUUAUUAGAAAAUGGAAGAAGUUCAAGAUGACGGUCAAUCACCCUCGGUCUAGGGCUCCAUGCAAGAUCUCACCUCGUGGGGCAUCAAUGAUCAUGAGGAAGGUGAGGGAUCAGCCCAGAACUACACAGCAGGACCUGGUCAAUGACCUGAAGAGAGCUGGGACCACAGUCUCGAAGAAAACCAUUAGUAACACACUACGCCGUCAUGAAUCAAAAUCCUGCAGCGCACGCAAGGUCCCCUUGCUCAAGCCAGCGCAUGUCCAGGCCCGUCUGAAGUUUGCCAAUGACCAUCUGGAUGAUCCAGAGGAGGAAUGGGAGAAGGUCAUGUGGUCUGAUGAGACAAAAAUAGAGCUUUUUGGUCUAAACUCCACUUGCCGUGUUUGAAGGAAGAAGAAGGAUGAGUACAACCCCAAGAACAGCAUCCCAACCGUGAAGCAUGGAGGUGGAAACAUCAUUAUUUGGGGAUGCUUUUCUGCAAAGGGGACAGGACGACUGCACCGUAUUGGGGGAGGAUGGAUGGGGCCAUGUAUCGCGAGAUCUUGGCCAACAAUCUCCUUCCCUCAGUAAGAGCAUUGACGAUGGGUCGUGGCUGGGUCUUCCAGCAUGACAACGACCCGAAAAACACACAGCCAGGGCAACUAAGUAGUGGCUCCGUAAGAAGCAUCUCAAGGUCCUGGAGUGGCCUAGCCAGUCUCCAGACCUGAACCCAAUAGAACAUCUUUGGAGGGAGCUGAAAGUCCGUAUUGCCCAGCGACAGCCACGAAACCUGAAGGAUCUUGAGAAGGUCUGUAUGGAGGAGUGGGCCAAAAUCCCUGCUGCAGUGUGUUCAAACCUGGUCAAGACCUACAGGAAACGUAUGAUCUCUGUAAUUGCAAACAAAGGUUUCUGUACCAAAUAUUAAGUUCUGCUUUUCUGUUGUAUCAAAUACUUAUGUCAUGCAAUAAAAUGCAAAUUAAUUACUUAAAAAUCAUACAAUGUGAUUUUCUGGAUUUUUGUUUUAGAUUCCGUCUCUCACAAGUUGAAGUGUACCUAUGAUAAAAAUUACAGACCUCUACAUGCUUUGUAAGUAGGAAAACCUGCAAAAUCGGCAGUGUAUCAAAUACUUGUUCUCCCCGCUGUAUGUAUGUAUGUAUAUACAGUGGGGAGAACAAGUAUUUGAUACACUGCCGAUUUUGCAGGUUUUCCUACUUACAAAGCAUGUAGAGGUCUGUAAUUUUUAUCAUUGGUACACUUCAACUGUGAGAGACGGAAUCUAAAACAUAAAUCCAGAAAAUCACAUUGUAUGAUUUUUAAGUAAUUAAUUUGCAUUUUAUUGCAUGACAUAAGUAUUUGAUCACCUACCAACCAGUAAGAAUUCCGGCUCUCACAGACCUGUUAGUUUAUCUUUAAGAAGCCCUCCUUUUCUCCACUCAUUACCUGUAUUAACUGCACCUGUUUGAACUCGUUACCUGUAUAAAAGACACCUGUCCACACACUCAAUCAAACAGACUCCAACCUCUCCACAAUGGCCAAGACCAGAGAGCUGUGUAAGGACAUCAGGGAUAAAAUUGUAGACCUGCACAUGCUGGGACGGGCUACAGGACAAUAGGCAAGCAGCUUGGUGAGAAGGCAACAACUGUUGGCGCAAUUAUUAGAAAAUGGAAGAAGUUCAAGAUGACGGUCAGUCACCCUCGGUCUGGGGCUCCAUGCAAGAUCUCACCUCGUGGGGCAUCAAUGAUCAUGAGGAAGGUGAGGGAUCAGCCCAGAACUACACGGCAGGACCUGGUCAAUGACCUGAAGAGAGCUGGGACCACAGUUUCAAAGAAAACCAUUAGUAACACACUACGCCGUCAUGGAUUAAAAUCCUGCAGCGCACGCAAGGUCCCCCUGCUCAAGCCAGCGCAUGUCCAGGCCCGUCUGAAGUUUGCCAAUGACCAUCUGGAUGAUCCAGAGGAGGAAUGGGAGAAGGUCAUGUGGUCUGAUGAGACAAAAAUAGAGCUUUUUGGUCUUUACUCCACUCGCCGUGUUUGGAGGAAGAAGAAUGAUGAGUACAACCCCAAGAACACCAUCCCAACCGUGAAGCAUGGAGGUGGAAACAUCAUUCUUUGGGGAUGCUUCUCUGCAAAGGGGACAGGACGACUGCACCGUAUUGAGGGGAGGAUGGAUGAGGCCAUGUAUCGCGAGAUCUUGGCCAACAACCUCCUUCCCUCAGUAAGAGCAUUGAAGAUGGGUCGUGGCUGGGUCUUCCAGCAUGACAACGACCCAAAACACACAGCCAGGGCAACUAAGAAGUGUCUCCGUAAGAAGCAUCUCAAGGUCCUGGAGUGGCCUAGCCAGUCUCCAGACCUGAACCCAAUAGAACAUCUUUGGAGGGAGCUGAAAGUCUGUAUUGCCCAGCGACAGCCCCAAAACCUGAAGGAUCUGGAGAAGGUCUGUAUGGAGGAGUGGGCCAAAAUCCCUGCUGCAAUGUGUGCAAACCUGGUCAAGACCUACAGGAAACGUAUUAUCUCUGUAAUUGCAAACAAAGGUUUCUGUACCAAAUAUUAAGUUCUACUUUUCUGAUGUAUCAAAUACUUAUGUCAUGCAAUAAAAUGCAAAUUAAUUACUUAAAAAUCAUACAAUGUGAUUUUCUGGAUUUUUGUUUUAGAUUCCGUCUCUCACAGUUGAAGUGUACCUAUGAUAAAAAUUACAGACCUCUACAUGCUUUGUAAGUAGGAAAACCUGCAAAAUCGGCAGUGUAUCAAAUACUUGUUCUCCCCACUGUAUAUGUAUGUAUGUGUGUGUAUGUAUGUAUGUAUGUAUGUAUAUAUAUAUAUAUACACAUAUAUAUUUGCGAGAAAAAAAAACAUAUGGGGGAUUGUAAGUGAUGCUGACAAUUUCAUUGAUGGAAGUUACAAUCUAUCUGCAAUAUUAAAGCUGAUCUACCCCCCCCCCAAAAAAAAAAAAGAAAAAAGAAGACUCUUCCUAGAGCUGGCUGCCCGGCCAAACUGAGUAACCGGGGGAGAAGGGCCUUGGUCAGGGAGGUCACUCUGACAGAGCUCCAGAGUUCCUCUGUGGAGAUGAAAGAACCUUCCAGAAGGACAACCAUCUCUGCAGCACUCCACCAAGCAGGCCUUUAUAGUAGAGUGGCCAGACGGAAGCCACUCCUCAUAAAAAGUCACAUCACAGCCCGCUUGGAGUUUGCCAAAAGGCACCUAAAGACUCUCAGACCAUGAUUCUCUGGUCUGAUGAAACCAAGAUUGAACUCUUUGGCCUAAAUGCCAAGCGUCACGUCUGGAGGAAACCUGGCACCAUCCCUACAGUGAAGCAUGGUGGUGGCAGCAUCCUGCUGUGGGGAUGUUUUUCAGCGGCAGGGACUGGGAGACUAGUCAGGAUCGAGGGAAAGAUGAACGGAGCAAAGUACAGAGAGAUCCUUGAUGAAAACCUGCUCCAGAGCACUCAGGACCUCAGACUGGAGCGAAGGUUCACUUUCCAUCAAGACAACGACCCUAAGCACAACACAGGAGUGGCUUCGGGACAAGUCUCUGAAUGUCCUUGAGUGGCCCAGCCAGAGCCUGGAUUGAACCCGAUCUAACAUCUCUGGAGAGACCUGAAAAUAGCUGCGCAGCAACGCUCCCCAUCCAACCUGACAGAGCUUAAGAGGAUCUGCAGAGAAGAAUGGGAGAAACUCCCCAAAUACAGGUGUGCCAAGCUUGUAGCGUCAUACCCAAGAAGACUCGAGGCUGUAGUCGCUGCCUAAGGUGCUUCAACAAAGUACUGAGUAAAGGGUCUGAAUACUUAUGUAAAUGUCAUAUUUCCGUUUUUUUAUUUUGAUAAAUUAGCAAAGAAAAUCUUAAAACCUGAUUUUGCUUUACAUUUUAGUCAUUUAGCAGACGCUCUUAUCCAGAGCGACUUACAAUUAGUGAGUGCAUACUUUUAUUUUUUAUACUGGCCCCCCGUGGGAUACGAACCCACAACCCUGGCGUUGCAAACGCCAUGCUCUACCAACUGAGCUACAUCCCUGCCAGCCAUUCACUCCCCUACCCUGGAUGACGCUGGGCUAAUUGUGCGCCGCCCCAUGGGUCUCCCGGUCGCGGCCAGCUACGACAGAGCUUUGUCAUUAUUGGGUAUUGUGUGUAGAUUGAUGAAGGAAAAAAACAAUUUAAUCAAUUUUAGAAUAAGUCUGUAACGUAACAAAAAAUGAAAAAGUCAAGGGGUCUGAAUACUUUCUGACGGCACUGUACGCCCUUAAUAGAAUAUGACAUCAAAUCAAAUUGUGUUUGUCACAUGCUUCGUAAACAACAGUUGUAGAUUAACAGUGAAAUUCUUACUUACGGGUGCUUUUCCAACAAUGCAGAGUUAAAGAUAAGAUACAAAUAUAAAAGAAAAUUAGAAAUAGUGGCACGAGGAAUAAAUACACAGUGAAAACAAUAACGAGUAAAAAUAACAUGGCAAUAUACAGGGAGUACCAGGUAAUAACAUGGCUAUAUACAGGGAGUACCAGGUAAUAACAUUGCUAUAUACAGGGAGUACCAGGUAAUAACAUGGCUAUAUACAGGGAGUACCAGGUAAUAGCAUGGCUAUAUACAGGGAGUACCAGGUAAUAACAUGGCUAUAUACAGGGAGUACCAGGUAAUAACAUGGCUAUAUACAGGGAGUACCAGGUAAUAACAUGGCUAUAUACAGGGAGCACCAGGUAAUAACAUGGCUAUAUACAGGGAGUACCAGGUAAUAACAUGGCUAUAUACAGGGAGUACCAGGUAAUAACAUGGCUAUAAACAGGGAGUACAUUUACAUUUACAUAAUUUAGCAGAUGCUCUUAUCCAGAGCGACUUACAAAUUGGUGCAUUCAACUUAUGAUAGCAAGUGGGACAACCACUUUUUUUCUUCUUUUUUUUAUGGGGUGGGUUGGGGUGGGGGGAUAGAAGGAUUGCUUUAUACUAUUCCAGGUAUUCCUUAAAGAGGUAGGGUUUCAAGUGUCUCCGGAAGGUGGUCAGUGACUCCGCUGUCCUGGCGUCGAGGGGGAGCUUGUUCCACCAUUGGGGUGCCAGAGCAGCAAAUAGCUUUGAUUGGGCUGAGCGGGAACUGUGCUUCUGUAGAGGUAGGGGAGCUAGCAGGCCAGAGGUGGAUGAACGUAGUGCCCUCGUUUGGGUGUAGGGUCUGACCAGAGCCUGAAGGUAAGGAGGUGCCGUUCCCCUCACAGCUCCGUAGGCAAGCACCAUGGUCUGGUAGUCGAUGCGAGCCUCAACUGGAAGCCAGUGGAGUGUGCGGAGGAGCGGGGUGACAUGAGAGAACUUGGGAAGGUCGAACACCAGACGGGCUGCGGCGUUCUGGAUAAGUUGUAGGGGUUUAAUGGCACAGGCAGGGAGCCCAGCCAACAGCGAGUUGCAGUAAUCCAGACGGGAGAUGACAAGUGCCUGGAUUAGGACCUGUGCCGCUUUCUGUGUAAGGUAGGGUCGUACUCUGCAAAUGUUGUAGAGCAUGAACCUGCAGGAUCGGGUCACCGCUUUGAUGUUAGCAGAGAACGACAGGGUGUUGUCCAGGGUCACGCCAAGGCUCUUUGCACUCUGGGAGGAGGACACAAUGGAGUUGUCAACCGUGAUGGCGAGAUCAUGGAGCGGGCAGUCCUUCCCCGGGAGGAAGAGCAGCUCCGUCUUGCUGAGGUUCAGCUUGAGGUAGUGAUCCGACAUCCACACUGAUAUGUCCCCCUAGCCCCUUGUCUAGAUCUGAGAGGAUUGGCUACAUAUAAGCGUUACGGUGAUCACUUCUGAUUGGCUGCAAUAGGUCUAUUGGUUCUGAUUGGAUGCCAUAGGCCUAUUGCUUCCAUCUAUCCAAUCCUCUCAGAUCUACAGUAGUGCCUAGGGUGUAGGGUCUAGGGGUUAGGAUUAGGGUGUAGGGCUUAGGUUGUAGGGGCUAGGGGUUAGGGUGUAGGAUCUAGGGGUCAAUAUGGAACUGAGCAUAAGUAGAGUCACUCUGUAUUUGUCUGGAUCAAUGUUACAUUAGUAGGGUUAAUGACUAGGUAAUUACAAGUCUCUGGGUAGAAGAGUGGAGAAGAAGGGAUAUCAAAAGAGGAGAGCAACGUGUGUUCUUUACUGGCUUCCAGUUGAGGCUCGCAUCGACUACCAGACCAUGGUGCUUGCCUAAGGAGCUGUGAGGGGAACGGCACCUCCUUACCUUCAGGCACUGAUCAGACCCUACACCCAAACGAGGGCACUACGUUCAUCCACCUCUGGCCUGCUAGCUCCACUACCUCUACAGAAGCACAGUUCCUGCUCAGCCCAGUCAAAGCUAUUUGCUGCUCUGGCACCCCAAUGGAGGAACAAGCUCCCCCUCGACGCCAGGACAGCGGAGUCACUGACCACCUUCCGGAGACACUUGAAACCCUACCUCUUUAAGGAAUACCUGGAAUAGUAUAAAGCAAUCCUUCUACCCCCCCACCCCACCCCCCCAUAAAAAAAAAGAAGAAAAAAAGUGGUUGUCCCACUUGCUAUCAUAAAUUGAAUGCACCAAUGUGUAAGUCGCUCUGGAUAAGAGCAUCUGCUAAAUUAUGUAAAUGUAAAUGUACUCCCUGUUUAUAGCCAUGUUAUUACCUGGUACUCCCUGUAUAUAGCCAUGUUAUUACCUGGUACUCCCUGUAUAUAGCCAUGUUAUUACCUGGUCCUCCCUGUAUAUAGCCAUGUUAUUACCUGGUACUCCCUGUAUAUAGCCAUGUUAUUACCUGGUACUCCCUGUAUAUAGCCAUGUUAUUACCUGGUACUCCCUGUAUAUAGCCAUGUUAUUACCUGGUACUCCCUGUAUAUAGCCAUGUUAUUACCUGGUACUCCCUGUAUAUUGCCAUGUUAUUUUUACUCAUUAUUGUUUUCACUGUGUAUUUAUUCCUCGUGCCACUAUUUCUAAUUUUCUUUUAUAUUUGUAUCUUAUCUUUAACUCUGCAUUGUUGGAAAAGCACCCGUAAGUAAGAAUGUCACUGUUAAUCUACAACUGUUGUUUACGAAGCAUGUGACAAACACAAUUUGAUUUGAUGUCAUAUUCUAUUAAGGGUGUACAGUGCCGUCAGAAAGUAUUCAGACCCCUUGACUUUUUCAUAUUUUGUUACGUUACAGCCUUAUUCUAAAAUUGAUUAAAUUGUUUUUUUCCUUCAUCAAUCUACACACAAUACCCAAUAAUGACAAAGCUCUGUCGUAGCCGGCCGCGACCGGGAGACCCAUGGGGUGGCGCAGCGUCGUCCAGGGUAGGGGAGGGAAUGGCCGGCAGGGAUGUAUUUCAGUUGGUAGAGCAUGGCGUUUGCAACGACAGGGUUGUGGGUUUGAUUCCCACGGGGGGCCAGUAUGAAAAAUAAAUACAUAAAUAAUGUAUGCACUCACUAACUGUAAGUCACUCUGGAUAAGAGCGUCUGCUAAAUGACUAAAAUGUAAAUGUAAAAUAAAUGAUUUGUGAAGCAUCUUUAUAGUGCUUAUGAAGACUUUAUGUAUGCUACAUAAAGCCUUUAUAAGUUGUAAUGCCUAAAGUGGGACUGAACGUUUCCAUUGUAGCCUUCAUUUGAGGAGUUUGAAUUGACAGGAAACAGGAAAACAAAAUGUAAAAUUUUUCAGUGACAAGACUGACACAUGGGUGUGUGUAUGAGAGAGAGAGAGACCCCGACCAUUUGGGAUGCAACCUGUGAGUUAUCUACACUUUUCUAUUCCAGGGAGAUUAAGUCGUCGUUGUGCCUCGGCUUAUCCAAAGAAAUAAAGUCCUUUAUCGGAAUCAACGUGACCUGGUUUUUCAGAGCGACAACGAUCCAUUUUAUGCCUCAGCUGCCGAACCAAGAGACAAGAACAUCUGGUGGAUAAUUUUCCCAUGUGGAGAAUCUGUAAGUCGCUCUGGAUAAGAGCGUCUGCUAAAUGACUAAAAUGUAAAAUGUAAAUGUAAAUUUGACAAACGCGUUACUGACACACACGUUGUUAUUGUUGAUGAUAUUGUUGUAAUGAAGCCAAUAAGCCAAUAAGAGCAACCAGUGUUAAUGCUCUACACAAACAAGUUCAAAGGUCAACUACAGUAGUGAUCUGGUUAGCAUUAGCUCUCUUAGCAUAUUCCAACAUGGCCGACAACAUGACCUGCAUAUCUUACAAAUGUAAACAUAAACCCUGAGCUUAUUUUAGUUGAAAUGACUAUGCCACUAGUUACAUCAUAAAGAACACACGUUGCUCUCCUCUUUUGAUAUCCCUUAUUUUCUACUCUUCUACCCAGAGACUUGUAAUUACCUAGUCAUUAACCCUACUAACGUAACAUUGAUCCAGACAAAUACAGAGUGACUCUACUUAUGCUCAGUUCCAUAUUGACCCCUAGAUCCUACACCCUAACCCCUAGCCCCUACAACCUAAGCCCUAUACCCUAAUCCUAACCCCUAGACCCUACACCCUAGGCACUACUGUAGAUCUGAGAGGAUUGGAUAGAUGGAAGCAAUAGGCCUAUGGCAUCCAAUCAGAACCAAUAGACCUAUUGCAGCCAAUCAGAAGUGAUCACCGUAACGCUUAUAUGUAGCCAAUCCUCUCAGAUCUAGACAAGGGGCUAGGGGGCGAUAUGGAAUUCAGAGUGUGUGUCGGUAAAAGUCACGAAACUGUCCGUGUCUGAAAUCCGUAUUGCCUACUACUUACGACAUAAACGUACUGAUUAGUAAAAACGUAUGCAGUACUGAGAAGGUGUCAUCUAAUGCGCAAUCACGCUUGUUCCCCACCAUUCGUUAAUUAUUUUUUUGAGAGCGCCCCCAAUUCUAAUGAUCAGCUGUUGUCAAACACACGUGAAACACAAAAGUAGUGUACUAUUAAUGGGUUACCAUUAGAGACGUAAACACUUUAUGAACCCCAAUCCUCAGUUUCUGAUUGACUUGCUUGAUUUAAGCCCUUGGGUUCUAUUUUAACAAACCAUACGCUAAAGUAAACUUGGGGACUGUGAAGAGACCACUGGUGGCACGUCUUGUGGGGUAUGCAUGGGUGUCCGAGCUGUGUGCAAGUCGUUUGAACAGACAGCUCUGUGCUUUCAAAGACGAGUAGUGAUGCAGUCAAUCUCUCCUCUACUUUGAGACAUGCAUGUUUUUGAUGUUAGAGCUCCAUGUACAUUUAAGGGUCAGUGGUGCUGUUCUCUUCUGGGCCAACUUUAAGAUGCCUAUGUCCCGCUUUGUGGCACUUGACCAUAUGACUGGGCAGUAGUCCAUGUGUGAUAAAACUAGGGCCUGUAGGACUUGUUUUGAUGAUAGCGAUGUCAAGAAAGCACAGCAGCGCUUUAUUACAGACAGACCUCUCCCCAUUUUAUCUACUGUUGCAUCAAUAUGUCCUAUCUAUUGAAGAUAGCCGUACUAGUUCAUUAAAAACCCUAAAUGUGAUAUUUCCAUUUUUUGUUAUUCAUAAAUGUGCAAAAAUGUCUAAAAACCUGCUUUUCCUUUGCCUUUAUGGGGUAUUGUGUGUAGAUUGAUGAGGAACAAAACUAAUGUAAUUAAUUUUAGAAUAUGUCUGUAACGUAACAACAUUUGGAUAAAGUGAAGGGGUCUGAAUACUUUCCGAAUGCACUCUAUGUCCAUCCACACAACCACUCAAAAUAUCCUAAGACUAACAAAUCCACAAACAUACUCUCUCUCACACACGAAAAUUGAAGAAAUAUGUUCACUACCAGUCAAUGGUUUGGACACCCCUACUCAAGGGUUUUUCUUUAUUUUUACUAUAUUUUACAUUGUAGAAUAAUAGUGAAGACAUCAAAACUAUGAAAUAACACAUAUGGAAUCAUGUAGUAACCAAAAAAAGUGUUAAACAAAUCAAAAUAUAUUUUAUAUUUGAGAUUCUUCAAAUAGCCACCCUUUGCCUUGAUGACAGCUUUGCACACAAACAAAGUCGGAAGGUGUAUGAAUACUUUCUGAAGGCACUGUAUGGCCGAAAUGAGUCACUGUUCAAAUCUUUUAUUUGUCACAUGCUUCGUAGACUAACAGUGAAAUGCUUACUUACGGGCCGUUCCCAACAAUGCAGAGAGAAAAAUAGAGAAAUAGUAGAAAAAUAGAAAGAUAAUAAAUACACAAUGAGUAACAAUAACUAGCUAUAUACCAGGGAACCAGUACCGUGUCGAUGUGCAAGAGUAUGAGGGAAUUGAGGUAGACAUGUACAUAUACAGUUGAAGUCGGAAGUUUACAUACACCUUAGCAAAAUACAUUUAAACUCAGUUUUUCACAAUUUCCUGACAUUUAAUCCUAGUAAAAAUUCCCUAUCUUAGGUCAGUUAGGAUCACCACUUUAUUUGAAGAAUGUGAAAUGUCAGAAUAAUAGUAGAGAUAAUUAUUUAUUUCAGCUUUUAUUUAUUUCAUCACAUUCCCAGUGGGUCAGAAGUUUACAUACCCUCAAUUAGUAUUUGGUAGCAUUGCCUUUAAAUUGUUUAACUUGGGUCAAACGUUUCGGGUAGCCUUCCACAAGCUUCCCACAAUAAGUUGGGUGAAGUUUGGCCCAUUCCUCCUGACAGAGCUGGUGUAACCGAGUCAGGUUUGUAAACCUCCUUGCUCACACACGCUUUUUCAGUUCUGCCCACAAAUGUUCUAUAGGAUUGAGGUCAGGGCUUUGAGAUGGCCACUCCAAUACCUUGACUUUGUUGUCCUUAAGCCAUUUUGCCACAACUUUGGAAGUAUGCUUGGGGUCAUUGUCCAUUUGGAAGACACAUUUGCGACCAAGCUUUAACUUCCUGACUGAUGUCUUGAGAUGUUGCUUCAAUAUAUCCACCUAAUUUUCCUUCCUCAUGAUGCCAUCUAUUUUGUGAAGUGCACCAGUCCUUCCUGCAGCAAAGCACUCCCACAGCAUGAUGCUGCCACCCCUGUGCUUCACGGUUGGGAUGGUGUUCUUCGGCUUGCAAGCCUACCCCUUUUUCCUCCAAACAUAACGAUGGUCAUUAUGGCCAAACAGUUAUAUUUUUGUUUCAUCAGACCAGAGGACAUUUCUCCAAAAAGUACGAUCUUUGUCCCCAUGUGCAGUUGCAAACCAUAGUCUGGCUUUUUUAUGGCGGUUUUGGAGCAGUGGCUUCUUCCUUGCUGAGCGGCCUUUCAGGUUAUGUCAAUAUAGGACUCGUUUUACUGUGGAUAUAGAUACUUUUGUACCUGUUUCCUCCAGCAUCUUCACAAUGUCCUUUGCUGUUGUUCUGGGAUUGAUUUGCACUUUUCGCACCAAAGUACGUUCAUCUCUAGGAGACAGAAUGCGUCUCCUUCCUGAGCCGUAUGACAGCUGCGUGGUCCCAUGGUGUUUAUACUUGUGUACUAUUGUUUGUACAGAUGAACGUGGUACCUUCAGGCGUUUGGAAAAAGGAUGAACCAGACUUAUGGAGGUCUACAAUUAUUUUUCUGAGGUCUUGGCUGAUUUCUUUUGAUUUUCCCAUGAUGUCAAGCAAAGAGGCACUGAGUUUGAAGGUAGGCCUUGAAAUACAUCCACAGGUACACCUCCAAUUGACUCAAAUGAUGUCAAUUAGCUUAUCAGAAGCUUCUAAAGCCAUAACAUCAUUUUCUGGAAUUUUCCAAGCUGUUUAAAGGCACAGUCAAUUUAGUGUAUGUAAACUUCUGACCCACUGGAAUUGUGAUACAGUGAAUUAUAAGUGAAAUAAUCUGUCUGUAAACAAUUGUUGGAAAAAUUACUUGUGUCAUGCACAAAGUAGAUGUCCUAACCGACUUGCCAAAACUAUAGUUUGUUAACAAGAAAUGUGUGGAGUGGUUGAAAAACGAGUUUUAAUGACUCCAACCUAAGUGUAUGUAAACUUCCGACUUCAACUGUAGGUAGGGAUAAAGUGACUAGGCAACAGGAUAGAUAAUAAACAGUAGCAGCAGUGUAUGUGAUGAGUAAAAAUAGUUAGUUAAAUAGUUAACCAAUAGCAUUGACCCUUUUUGCAUUAACUAUUUAGCAGUGUUAUAUCUUGGGGAUAGAAGCUGUUCAGGGUCCUGUUGAUCCUGUUGGAUAAUUUACCUCUCUCUGACAUUAGGGAUACUGUCACGCACGUUGACUGAUGACUCGUGGAACCAAGGCGCAGCGUGAUAAGCGUACAUCUUUAUUGAUACACAACACACGAACAAAACAACAAAACGAAACGAUACGUGAAGUCCUGAGGUUACACACACCAAACCUUUACGGAUCAAGAUCCCACAAACUAACUGGUGCCAACAGGCUGCCUAAGUAUGGUCCCCAAUCAGAGACAACGAGCUACAGCUGCCUCUGAUUGGGAACCACCCUGGCCAACAUAGAUCUAAACGAUCUAGAACAAAAAACUAAACAUAGAAAAAUCCACACCCUGGCUCAACAUUUAAGAGUCCCCAGAGCCAGGGCAUGACAGUACCCCCCCCCCCAAAGGCGCGGACUGCGACCGCGCCACACAAACACAAGAGGGUAGGGGCCGGGUGGGCAUUCCGCCUCGGAGGCGGAUCCGGCUCCGGGCGUGACCACCACCUUUUCUCCACCUCCCCGUUGCGCCCCUGGUCUGGUCUGGCCCCGCUGACUGGAGCUGGAACCGACGACGGUGGACCAAACCUUACCGGCUCCGGACUGGAGCCGCUGGCCGGAGCUGGACUGGACACCGGUGGAGCGGAUUGCUCUGGCUCCGGAGUGGAUCCGCUGACUGGAGUUGGACCGGACCCCGGUGGAGCGGAUUGCUCUGACUCCGGAGUGGAGCAGCUGACCGGUGCCGGACCAGGCACCGGUGGAACAGGCACGGGCCGUGCCGGACUGGACACACGCACCACUGGCUUGGCGCAGGGAGCAGGAACGGGCCGGACCGGGCUGACGACACGCACCACAGGCACCACAGGCUUGGUGCGGGGAGCAGGAACAGGCCGGACCGGGCUGGCGACGCGCACCACUGGCUUGGUGCGGGGAGCAGGAACAGGCCGGACCGGGCUGGCGACACGCACCACUGGCUUGGUGCGGGGAGCAGGAACAGGCCGGACCGGGCUGGCGACGCGCACCACUGGCUUGGUGCGAGGGACAGGAACAGGCCGGACCGGGCUGGCGACACGCACCACUGGCUUGGUGCGAGGGAUAGGAAAAGGCCGGGCUGGACUGGGAACACGCACCACUGCCUUGGUGCGGGGAGAAGGAACAGGCCUGGGCUGGACUGGGAACACGCACCACUGGCUUGGUGCGGGGAGCCGGAACGGGCCGGGCCAGACUGUGGAGGCGGACUGGAGGUCUGGAGCGGAGAGCUGACACAACCCGUCCUGGCUGAAUGCCUAUUUCCACACAAUAUGUGUGAGGCAUCAGCACAGGACGUACAGGGCUGUGCACUCGUACUGGCGCUACAGCACAUGGCACUGGCGCAGGAUAUACGGGACCGAGGAGGCGUACUGGAGGCCACGAGCGUUGAGCCGGCACACCCCGUCCUGGCUGCAUGCCCACCUUAGCACGACACGUGCGUGGUGCUAGCACCGGACGUACAGGACUGUGCCGGAACACUCGCGGCACAGUACGUGGCUCCGCAUAACACGGAGCCUGCCCAGUCCCACGCUUCCUAGCCUGAGUACGGGGAGUUGGCUCUGCUCUAACUCUAGGCUCCGCCAACCACCCUUUUAGCCCCCCCCAAAAAAAUUAUUGGGGCUGUCUAUCGGGCUUCCUCCUCGGCCGGUACCCUCUGCGUUGCCGCUGCUCCUCUCUGUAGCGCGCCUCCACAGUCUCCUCCCAAGGACGGCGAUCCAUUCCGGCCUGAAUCUCUUCCCAAGUCCAGGAUCCCUUCCCGUCCAGGAUCUCCUCCCAAGUCCAGGCUGUCUGUUCUUGGACACGCUGCUUGGUCCUCUUUAGGUGGGAUCUUCUGUCACGCACGUUGACUGAUGACUCGUGGAACCAAGGCGCAGCGUGAUACGCGUACAUCUUUAUUGAUACACAACACACAAACAAAACAACAAACCGAUACGAUACGUGAAGUCCUGAGGUUACACACACCAAACCUUUACGGAUCAAGAUUCCACAAACUAACUGGUGCCAACAGGCUGCCUAAGUAUGGUCCCCAAUCAGAGACAACGAGCUACAGCUGCCUCUGAUUGGGAACCACCCUGGCCAACAUAGAUCUAAACGAUCUAGAACAAAAAACUAAACAUAGAAAAAUCCACACCCUGGCUCAACAUUUAAGAGUCCCCAGAGCCAGGGCGUGACAGAUACAGACUCUGUCAAUGUCAAGUCGUUUUCUGUUCUUUUUUUUACGUGUGAAUAGCCACCUUCAUAAUUCAAAUAUGCCAUUUAAACUGUGUGCACUUAAUAUUAAUCAUAAAAUGUGCAGACAUCUCAGCCAGUAGAUAAUAUUAAUUCCUUUCUUCAAUAGCCAUGCAGGUGGGUUGCUGGAGGGAGACGUGAGUGUUCUUCCAUACACUUAAUAGAAGAAUGAUUGGUUUUGUUUUGAUAGUUUCAACUUUUGGUUCAAUAUUUGCCUCACUUUCUCUGUAUCUGUCUCUCUUUGUCUAUCCCCCCCCCCCCCCCCCCAUCUCUCUCGCCAGAUUCUGUCGAGUCUGCACCCAGACUGCGAGUAUAUUUUACAGCUGGAGAGAGAGGAGCGGCGUUGUCUUCAAUAUAUCACAGAGCACAACAACAACCACAGUACACUAGGUAUCCGUGCCACUACCCUCUUAGAAUGAGCCAUUACAUGUUCUCACUCUCCACUCUCUAUCUCAAGUAUAGUCAGUCAUAAUAUGAUAUACAGUGUGUUCACAUCUAAAUGUGAGAGUCUGGCAUUGAAUAAAUGGUUUGCAGAGAAUAGUUUCUGAAAGAGCAGAUUCAAAAACGAUUCUAGUGUAGAAGUAGUAAGUGAUUAUAAUAUAUCAAAAGAGAGUAGCAUAGUUGAGGUGAGCUAUCCCUUUAAGGCCUAUAUACUGUGCAUUCAGAAAGUAUUCAGACCCCUUCCCUUUUUCCACAUUUUGUUACAUUACAGCCUUAUUCUAAAAUGGAUUCAAAUAAUAAUAAUAAUUCCCUUCAAUCUACACACAAUACCCCACAAUGACAAAGCGAAAACAGGUUUAGACAUUUUUGCAAAUGUAUUAAAAAUAAAAAACAGAAAUACCUUAUUUACAUAAGUAUUCAGACCCUUUGCUAUGAGACUCAAAAUUGAGCUCAGGUGCAUGCUGUUUCCAUUGAUCAUCCUUGAGAUGUUUCUACAACUUGAUUGGAGUCCACCUGUGGUAAAUUCAAUGAAUUGGACAUGAUUUGGAAAGGCACACACCUGUCUAUAUAAGGUCCCACAGUUGACAUUGCAUGUCAGAGCAAAAACCAAGCCAUGAGGUCGAAGGAAUUGUCCGUAGAGCUCCAAGACAGGAUUGUGUCGAGGCACAGAUCUGGGGAAGGGUACCAAAACAUUUCUGCAGCAUUGAAGGUCCACAAGAACACAGUGGCCUCCAUCAUUCUUAAAUGGAAGAAGUUUGGAACCACCAAGAGCUGGCCACCCGGCCAAACUCAGCAAUCAGGGGAGAAGGGCAUUGGUCAGGGAGGUGACCAAGAACCCGAUGGUCACUCUGACAGAGCUCCAGAGUUCCUCUGUGGAGAUGGGAGAACCUUCCAGAAGGACAACCAUCUCUGCAGCAUUCCACCCAAUCAGGCCUUGAUGGUAGAGUGGCCAGACGGAAGCCACUCCUCAGUAAAAGGCACAUGACAGCCUGCUUGGAGUUUACCAAAAGGCACCUAAAGGACUCUCAGACCAUGAGAAACAAGAUUCUCUGGUCUGAUGAAACCAAGAUUGAACUCUUUGGCCUGAAUGCCAAGCAUCAUGUCUGGAGGAAGCCUGGGGCCAUCCCUACGGUGAAGCAUGGUGGUGGCAGCAUCAUGCUGUGGGGAUGAUUUUCAGCGGCAGGGACUGGGAGACUAGUCAGGAUCGAGGGAAAGAUGAACAGAGCAAAGUACAGAGAGAUCCUUGAUGAAAACCUACUCCAGAGCGCUCAGGACCUCAGACUGGGGCAAAGGUUCACCUUCCAAAAGUACAACGAUCCUAAGCACACAGCCAAUACAACGCAGGAGUGGCUUUGGGACAAGUCUCUGAAUGUCCUUGAGUGGCCCAGCCAGAGCCCGGACUUGAACCCAACCAAACAUCUCUGGAGAGACCUGAAAAUAGCUGCGCAGCAACGCUCUCCAUCCAACCUGACAGAGCUUGAGAGGAUCUGCAAUGGGAGAAACUCCCCAAAUACAGGUGUGCCAAGCUUGUAGCGUCAUACCCAAGAAGGCUGUAGUCGCUGCCAAAGGUGCUUCAACAAAGUACUGAGUAAAGGGUCUGAAUACUUAUGUAAAUGUGAUAAUAUUGUGUGUAGAUUGAGAUGGUUUUAUUUUUAAUCAAUUUCCACAAAAUGUGGAAAAAGUCAAGGGGUCUGAAUACUUUCCGAAUGCACUGUAUGUGUGUAAUUUAUAGCAGGAUUAAAUUCUUGGCUGUGAGUGAGGUAUUAUAUUUGGGUUGCAAUUAAGUAGGCUUUAAGAAUGAAAAUACAGUAGACUGUACAUCAACCCUCUCUCUCUCUCUCUCUCUCUCUCUCUCUCUCUUCUCUCUUCUCUCUCUCUUCUCUCUCUCUCUUCUCUCUCUCUCUCUCUCUCUCUCUCUCUCUCUCUCUCUCUCUCUCUCUCUCUCUCUCUCUCUCUCUCUCUCUCUCUCAGGUUGUUUACUGUUCUGGGACUCUGUGGUGUGCUGGCCAUAUGCUGCGGUUGGGGAGAUGGUCCACACAGCCUGUCCUGCUGUCUUCUCUCUUUUUGGGAAUAACACAGGUGCAGGUGACAUUUGUCACACUGGGGGGGGGUUGUGUGUGUACUGAUGUGUCUAUAACAGUACUGUAUAAAGUAUAAAUACAAUAUACGUACAAUGAUAUACAGGUAGUAUGUUAUGGUUUUCGCUUAUACAGUAAUUAUCUCUUUGUCCAUUUUCCACUGGCUUUCAAUCCGUUUCUCAUCCCCGGUGACCCCUAACCUUUGACCUCUACCUCAGCAGGGUCAGUCAGCCGAAACUGCACCAGCAUCGGAUGGUCGCGACCCUUCCCCCCGUACCACAUAGCCUGUAGUGUGGGCGACGACAUUCACAUUCCAGAGGUGAAAGAGAGUUUAGAGAGAAGGAUCAGGGUAGGGUUGCAAAGGGAUGGUAUAUUACUGGAAACUUUAGAAGAUUAUCAGUAAACUACCAGAAUUUUGGUAACUUUCAAGGAAUAUAUGAAAUGUUUAUCAAUGAUAUCUAGUGGCCUUUUUGGGUACUUCAGAUUGUCACAAGCGUCUGUAAUUAUCUCUGGCCCUCUGUGUGGCCAUAUCACAUGUAAAACAUAUAUAUAUAUAUAUAUAUACAAAAUCAAAUAAGAUGAUUUAAAAUGUUUAAAUACAAUGGCAAAGCUGUAAACAUUAUCCUAAAUAUAAACCAUCAACUUAGUGAAUACCAUUGGUGUUCAGGGUUUCAUAGUAAAAAAACUGGUGGCAGUUGUGAAAAAACCUAGAGUUGGAAAUCCCAUUGAAAUCAUGGGACCGAUAUUAUCAUCAUGAGCAAAAGCAAUUGGUUUUCUACCCAAAGUUGCAAACAUUUACAUUUACAUUUACGUCAUUUAGCAGACGCUCUUAUCCAGAGCGACUUACAAAUUGGUGCAUUCACCUUACAACCAGUUGUACAACCACUUUACAAUGUGUUUUUUUUUUUUUUUUUUAAGGGGGGGGGGGGGGGUUGGGGUAAGGGGGGGGGGGGGGGUAGAAGGAUUACUUUAUCCUAUCCCAGGUAUUCCUUAAAGAGGUGGGGUUUCAAAUGUCUCCGGAAGGUGGUGAGUGACUCCGCUGUCCUGGCGUCGUGAGGGAGCUUGUUCCACCAUUGGGGUGCCAGAGCAGCGAACAGUUUUGACUGGGCUGAGCGGGAACUAUGCUUCCGCAGAGAAAGGGGAGCCAGCAGGCCAGAGGUGGAUGAACGCAAUGCCCUCGUUUGGGUGUAGGGACUGAUCAGAGCCUGAAGGUACGGAGGUGCCGUUCCCCUCACAGCUCCAUAGGCAAGCACCAUGGUCUUGUAACAGAUGCGAGCUUCAACUGGAAGCCAGUGGAGUGUGCGGAGGAGCGGGGUGACGUGAGAGAACUUGGGAAGGUUGAACACCAGGCGGGCUGCGGCAUUCUGGAUGAGUUGUAGGGGUUUAAUGGCACAGGCAGGGAGCCCAGCCAACAGCGAGUUGCAGUAAUCCAGACGGGAGAUGACAAGUGCCUGGAUUAGGACCUGUGCCGCUUCCUGUGUAAGGCAGGGUCGUACUCUCCGAAUGUUGUAGAGCAUGAACCUACAGGAUCGGGUCACCGCCUUGAUGUUAGCGGAGAACGACAGGGUGUUGUCCAGGGUCACGCCAAGGCUCUUCGCACUCUGGGAGGAUGACACAACGGAGUUGUCAACCGUGAUGGCGAGAUCAUGGAAUGGGCAGUCCUUCCCCGGGAGGAAGAGCAGCUCCGUCUUGCCAAGGUUCAGCUUGAGGUGGUGAUCCGUCAUCCAUACUGAUAUGUCUGCCAGACAUGCAGAGAUGCGAUUCGCCACCUGGUUAUCAGAAGGGGGAAAGGAGAAGAUUAGUUGUGUAUCGUCAGCGUAGCAAUGAUAGGAGAGGCCAUGUGAGGAUAUGACAGAGCCAAGUGACUUGGCAAAGACAAUGUUGUGAUCCAUUUAAUAGAUCCAGGCUCUGUCGUAGCCGGCCGUGACCGGGAGACCCAUGGGGCGGCGCACAAUUGGCCCAGCGUCGUCCAGGGUAGGGGAGGGAAUGGCCGGCAGGGAUGUAGCUCAGUUGGUAGAGCAUGGCGUUUGCAACGCCAGGGUUGUGGGUUUCGAUUCCCACGGGGGGCCAGUAUGAAAAAUAAAAAAAUUAUGUAUGCACUCACUAACUGUAAGUCGCUCUGGAUAAGAGCGUCUGCUAAAUGACUAAAAUGUCAAAUGUAAAAUGUAAUAAACACAAGAGACCAGCAAAAUAGAUAAAAGGGUGUGGUAGCAGGAACAGCGGCAUCUAGUGGGUAAAACGUGGUACUUUUACACUAAUGGUUAAGAUUGCAAGUGAUUUACAUUUUAGUCAUUUAGCAGACGCUCUUAUCCAGAGCGACUUACAUGAGCAAUUAGGGUUAAGUGCACAUCGACAGAUUUCUCACCUAGUCGGCUCAGGGAUUAGAACCAGCGACCUUUCGGUUACUGGCACAACGCUCUUACCCACUAAGCUACCUGCCACCCUUUUACAUUUUAGUCAUUUAGCAGACGCUCUUAUCCAGAGCGACUUACAGUUAGUGAGUGCAUACAUUUUUCAUACUGGCCCCCCGGUGAACAGGUCAGGGUUCCAUAGCCGCAGGCAGAACAGCAGAAACUGGAUCACGACAAGGUGGACUGGGGAAGGGGACAGCCAGGAGUCAUCAGGCCAGGUUGUCCUGAGGCAUGGUCCUAGGGCUCAGUUCCUCUCUGAGCGAAGAGAGAGAGAGAGAGCGACAGAGAGAGAUGAGAGAAUUAAAGGGAGCAUACUUAAGAUCACACAGGACACAAGAUAAGACAGGAGAAAUACACCACCAGAGUGAUAUCAACAGACCACCAAUUUAAUACUCUGAGACAAGGCAUAGCCCACAAAGAUCUCCCCCACCACACGAGCCCGAGAUGACCGGACAGGAAGGUAACAUUAGUGACUCAACCCACUCAAGUCGAGUUUAGCGAAAAAAGCCUGUCAAGACCUGAUGCACCCCUCAUAGGGAUGGCAUGGGAGAGCACUUGCAAGCCAGUGACUCAGCCCCCGUAAUAGGGUCAGAGGCAGAGAAUCCCGGUGGAGAGAGGGAAGCCAGCCAGGCAGAGACAGCAAGGGUGGUUCGUCACUCCAGUGCCUUGCCGUUCACCUUCGCACCCCUGGGCCAGACUACACUCAAUCAUAGGACCUACUGAAAAGAUGAUUCUUCAGUAAAGACUUGUCAGACAUAGAGAACUGAUACUGUAUACUGGUUGUUGGGGUGGGAGUGGUGUGGGGUGUGGGGAGCCCGUGGGUGGCUAUUGAUCAUUUUAUUGUCAUUUGAACAUUGUUAGAAAUAAUUAUAGUCCAAAUCGAAUGGCCAAUUUGGGUGCAAUCAAUUAGCUUAAUUUCUCAGCGAUCAAAUUACAUUUCAACAAAAUAAUGUUUCAGGAAUGCUAAUCUUAUCUGUCUCUAACUACAGAAACGAUUUCAGAACAAUCUGAGAUGGUGGGUGUCGUGGCUUGCAGAGAUGACAUGGAAUGACCCCAGAGUCUCAGAGGAGGAGUGCUGAUCUGGGAUCAGGUCCCCCUGUUCAAAUAAUCGUAUUUAUUAUGGUCUAAAAAUAGAGAACUGAUCCUAGAUCAGCACUCAUACUCUGACAGGCUUCAUUAGUACAGGUCCUGGUGUCGAGUGUGAGUGCUGAUAUAGGAUCCGUUUAAUGUUUUUAGAUGAAUAAUAAUGAAUAAAAGUAUAUGGACAGGGUGGACCUGAUCCUAGAUCACUACUCUGAGACUGAAUAUGGGGUUCUGAUUUCUAUCUCUAUGUGAAACCUAUGCAGGAGUCCUACUUUGCCACUGUCAAGCUGAUCUACACCAUCGGCUACGGCACCUCCCUGGUCUUCCUCUCCAUCGCCGUGGUGAUCCUACUGCUCUUCAGGUAGGAGGUCAAAGGUCAGAACAGGAGAUUGUUUUGAGGUUGUUGUUGGGUGAAGAAAAAUAAUGGCUAGAGUAGGCAUACUCUACUGUAAUACCAAAGUUGACCUCUGCCCUUCUAAUCCAAUGGGUUUUGAGAAGGAGGUGAGGAAAGAAGAGGCGAGGAAUAUGCAAUUGAGAUUCUCCCAAUGUCUAGCAUGCUUUCCUCCCUCCUCUCCUACCUCCUCUUCUCUCCUCCCCUCCUCUCUCCCUCCAGCCAUUUUUAGCAGGCUAAUCUAAUGAAACACACUCUUAAAGGACAAAUCCAUAGAUGGCCGUUUACUCUCUCUCUCUCGCCAAAUUCACUCAAAUUAAUGGUGGUCUCUUUAAGGAAUGACAGUAAAAGAGAGAAUGGUAUCUUAUCUGACUGGGCUCACACAUUGGGGAUGACGAUAUAGUGCCCAUGACAUUUGGAUUGUAUUUUUUUUUUUUUUUUUUUUUUUUCAUCUUUAUUUAACCAGGUAAACCAGUUGAGAACAAGUUCUCAUUUACAACUGCGACCUGGCCAAGAUAAAGCAAAGCAGUGCGAUAAAAACAACAACACAGAGUUACAUAUGGGGUAAAACAAAACAAAGUCAAAAAUACAACAGAAAUACAUAUAAUAUACAGUGUGCAAAUUUAGCAAGUUAUGGAGGUAAGGCAAUAAAAUAGGCUAUAGUGCAAAAUAAUUACAAUUUAGUAUUAACACUGGAAUGAUGUGCAAGAGAUGAUGUGCAAAUAGAGAUACUGGGGUACAAAUGAGCAAAAUAAAUAACAAUAUAGGGAUGAGGUAGUUGGGCGGGCUAAUUUCAGAUGGGCUGUGUACAGGUGCAGUGAUCGGUAAGGUGCUCUGACAACUGAUGCUUAAAGUUAGUGAGGGAGAUAAGUGUCUCCAGCUUCAGAGAUUUUUGCAAUUUGUUCCAGUCAUUGGCAGCAGAGAACUGGAAGGAAUUGCGGCCAAAGGAGGUGUUGGCUUUGGGGAUGACCAGUGAGAUAUACCCGCUGGAGCGCAGACUACGGGUGGGUGUUGCUAUGGUGACCAAUGAGCUAAGAUAAGGCGGGGAUUUGCCUAGCAGUGAUUUAUAGAUGGCCUGGAGCCAGUGGGUUUGGCGACGAAUAUGUAGUGAGGACCAGCCAACAAGAGCGUACAGGUCACAGUGGUGGGUAGUAUAUGGGGCUUUGGAGACAAAACGGAUGGCACUGUGAUAGACUACAUCCAAUUUGCUGAGUAGAGUGUUGGAGGCUAUUUUGUAAAUGACAUCGCCGAAGUCAAGGAUCGGUAGGAUAGUCAGUUUUACGAGGGCAUGUUUGGCAGCAUGAGUGAAGGAGGCUUUGUUGCGAAAUAGGAAACCGAUUCUAGAUUUAACUUUGGAUUGGAGAUUCUUAAUGUGAGUCUGGAAGGAGAGUUUACAGUCUAACCAGACACCUAGAUAUUUGUAGUUGUCCACAUACUCUAGGUCAGACCCGUCUAGAGUAGUGAUUCUAGUCGGGUGGGCGGGUGCAAGCAGCGUUCGGUUGAAGAGCAUGCAAGUAUGAGAAGUGUGUAUGAGCUGGAUAUGUAAUAAACAGAGAGGCAGAUAAUGCCUUACUAAAGCCUUACUAAAGCUGAGUGGUAUAACUUUAUUAUCUCAGUAACACACACCUGCUACCGCCGUCUCUCUCUGUCUCUCUCUCUCUCUCUCUCUCUCUCUCUCUCUCUCUGUCUCUGUCUCUGUCUCUGUCUCUGUCUCUGUCUCUGUCUCUGUCUCUGUCUCUGUCUCUGUCUCUCUGUCUCUGUCUCUCUCUCUCUCUCUCUCUCUCUCUCUCUCUCUCUCUCUCUCUCUCUCAUGUUCAACCCAUUAUUGUUUCUAAAUCUGAGGCUCCCCUAUUGUUGUACUAUUUUUCUCCUUGGCCUCAUUUUAAUGUCUUUCAAUUGUCGGUUGAGAAGUGUGCAGUCCUUUGUCCUGACAGUGUUUUGUGUGUGUGGUUCUAGGUCCUGACCAUGCUAUGUGUUUGCCCUGCGGUUCUCGGUCCUGACCAUGCUAUGUGUUUGCCCUGCUAUCUCGGUCCUGACCAUGCUAUGUGUUUGCCCUGCGGUUCUCGGUCCUGACCAUGCUAUGUGUUUGCCCUGCAGUUCUCGUCCUGACCAUGCUAUGUGUUUGCCCUGCGGUUCUCGUCCUGACCAUGCUAUGUGUUUGCCCUGCGGUUCUCGGUCCUGACCAUGCUAUGUGUUUGCUCUGCGGUCCCAGGUCCUGACCGUGUUUUGUGGUUCUUCACAGGAGGCUUCACUGUGCCAGGAACUACAUUCACAUCCAGCUGUUUGUCACCUUCAUGCUAAAGUCGGUGGCUGUGUUUAUCAAGGACGCCAUACUCUUCGCCAGCGACGACACCAACCACUGCACCUUCUCCACCGUAAGUCAACUGCACAGAGACCACUGCACCCUCUCCACCGUAAAUAAACCGUAAGUCAACCACUGCACCCUCUCAACUGUAAGUCAACCACUGCACCCUCUCAACCGUAAAUCAACCACUGCACCCUGUCAACCAUAAAACAACCACUACACCCUGUUAACCGUAAAUCAACCACUGCACCCUAUCAACCGUAAAUCAACCACUGCACCCUCUCAACCGUAAAUCAACCACUGCACCCUCUCAACCGUAAAUCAACCAACCACUGCACCCUGUCAACCGUAAAUCAACCACUGCACCCUGUCAACCGUAAAUCAACCACUGCACCCUCUCAACCGUAAAGCAACCACUGCACCCUCUCCACCGUAAAUCAACCACUGCAUCCUGUCAACCGUAAAUCAAACACUGCACCCUGUCAACCGUAAAUCAACCACUGCACCCUCUCAACCGUAAAUCAACCAACCACUGCACCCUGUCAACCGUAAAUCAACCACUGCACCCUCUCAACCGUAAAUCAACCACUGCACCCUGUCAACCGUAAAUCAACCACUGCACCCUGUCAACCGUAAAUCAACCACUGCACCCUCUCAACCGUAAAUCAACCACUGCAUCCUGUCAACCGUAAAUCAACCACUGCACCCUGUCAACCGUAAAUCAACCACUGCACCCUGUCAACAGUAAAUCAACCACUGCACCCUCUCAACCGUAAAUCAACCACUGCACCCUGUCAACAGUAAAUCAACCACUGCACCCUGUCAACCGUACAUCAACCACUGCAUCCUGUCAACCGUAAAUCAACCACUGCACCCUGUCAACCAUAAAACAACCACUACACCCUGCCAACCGUAAAUCAACCACUGCACCCUAUCAACCGUAAUUCAACCACUGCACCCUGUCAACCGUAAAUCAACCACUGCACCCUCUCAACCGUAAAUCAACCACUGCACCCUCUCAACCGUAAAUCAACCAACCACUGCACCCUGUCAACCGUAAAUCAACCACUGCACCCUCUCAACCGUAAAUCAACCACUGCACCCUGUCAACCGUAAAUCAACCACUGCACCCUGUCAACCGUAAAUCAACCACUGCACCCUCUCAACCGUAAAUCAACCACUGCAUCCUGUCAACCGUAAAUCAACCACUGCACCCUGUCAACCGUAAAUCAACCACUGCACCCUGUCAACAGUAAAUCAACCACUGCACCCUCUCAACCGUAAAUCAACCACUGCACCCUGUCAACAGUAAAUCAACCACUGCACCCUGUCAACCGUACAUCAACCACUGCAUCCUGUCAACCGUAAAUCAACCACUGCACCCUGUCAACCAUAAAACAACCACUACACCCUGCCAACCGUAAAUCAACCACUGCACCCUAUCAACCGUAAUUCAACCACUGCACCCUGUCAACCGUAUAUCAACCACUGCACCCUCUCAGCCGUAAAUCAACCACUGCACCCUCUCAACCGUAAAUCAACCAACCACUGCACCCUGUCAACCAUAAAUCAACCACUGCACCCUCUCAACCGUAAAUCAACCACUGAACCCUGUCAACCGUAAAUCAACCACUGCACCCUGUCAACCGUAAAUCAACCACUGCACCCUCUCAACCGUAAAUCAACCACUGCACCCUGUCAACCGUAAAUCAAGCACUGCACCCUGUCAACCGUAAAUCAACCACUGCAUCCUGUCAACCGUAAAUCAACCACUGCACCCUGUCAACCGUAAAUCAACCACUGCACCCUGUCAACCGUAAAUCAACCACUGCACCCUGUCAACCGUAAAUCAACCACUGCACCCUGUUAACUGUAAAACAACCACUGCACCCUCUCAACCGUAAAUCAACCACUGCAUCCUAUCAACCGUAAAUCAACCACUUCACCCUGUCAACUGUAAAUCAACCACUGCACCCUCUCAACCGUAAAUCAACCACUGCACCCUCUCAACCGUAAAUCAACCAACCACUGCACCCUGUCAACCGUAAAUCAACCACUGCACCCUCUCAACCGUAAAUCAACCACUGCACCCUGUCAACCGUAAAUCAACCACUGCACCCUGUCAACCGUAAAUUAACCACUGCACCCUCUCAACCGUAAAUAAACCACUGCACCCUGUCAACCGUAAAUCAAGCACUGCACCCUGUCAACCGUAAAUCAACCACUGCAUCCUGUCAACCGUAAAUCAACCACUGCACCCUGUCAACCGUAAAUCAACCACUGCACCCUGUCAACCGUAAAUCAACCACUGCACCCUCUCAACCGUAAAUCAACCACUGCACCCUAUCAACCGUAAAUCAACCACUGCACCCUGUCAACCGUAAAUCAACCACUGCACCCUGUCAACCGUAAAUCAACCACUGCACCCUGUCAACUCUAAAUCAACCACUGCACCCUGUCAACUGUAAAUCAACCACUGCACCCUGUCAACUGUAAAUCAACCACUGCACCCUGUCAACCGUAAAUCAACCACUGCACCCUGUCAACCGUAAAUCAACCACUGCACCCUGUUAACUGUAAAACAACCACUGCACCCUCUCAACCGUAAAUCAACCACUGCACCCUAUCAACCGUAAAUCAACCACUACACCCUGUUAACCGUAAAUCAACCACUGCACCCUAUCAACCGUAAAUCAACCACUGCACCCUCUCAACUGUAAAUCAACCACUGCACCCUCUCAACCGUAAAUCAACCAACCACUGUACCCUGUCAACCGUAAAUCAACCACUGCACCCUGUCAACCGUAAAUCAACCACUGCACCCUGUCAACCGUAAAUCAACCACUGCACCCUCUCCACCGUAAAUCAACCACUGCAUCCUGUCAACCGUAAAUCAACCACUGCAUCCUGUCAACCGUAAAUCAACCACUGCACCCUCUCAACCGUAAAUCAACCAACCACUGCACCCUGUCAACCGUAAAUCAACCACUGCACCCUCUCAACCGUAAAUCAACCACUGCACCCUGUCAACCGUAAAUCAACCACUGCACCCUCUCAACCGUAAAUCAACCACUGCAUCCUGUCAACCGUAAAUCAACCACUGCACCCUGUCAACCGUAAAUCAACCACUGCACCCUGUCAACAGUAAAUCAACCACUGCACCCUCUCAACCGUAAAUCAACCACUGCCACCCUGUCAACAGUAAAUCAACCACUGCACCCUGUCAACGUACAUUCAACCACUGCAUCCUGUCAACCGUAAAUCAACCACUGCACCCUGUCAACCAUAAAACAACCACUACACCCUGCCAACCGUUAAAUCAACCACUGCACCCUAUCAACCGUAAUUCAACCACUGCACCCUGUCAACCGUAAAUCAACCACUGCACCCUCUCAACCGUAAAUCAACCACUGCACCCUCUCAACCGUAAAUCAAACCAACCACCCUGUCAACCGUAAAUCAAAACCACUGCCAACCUCUCAAACCGUAAAUCAACAACCACUGCACCCCCCUGUCAAACCGUAAAUCAACCCUCACUGCACCUCUCAACCGUAAAUCAACCACUGGCCCACCCUGUCUCAAACCGUAAAUCACCAACCACUGCACCCUGUCAACCGUAAAUCAACCAACUGCACCCCUUCAACCCGUAAAUCAACCACUGACACCCCUGUCAACCGUAAAUCAAACCACUGCAACCCUGUCAACCGUAAAUCAACUCAACUGCCAAACCCUCUCUCAACCAGUAAUCACCACCUGCAACCCUGUCAACCGUAAAUCAACCACUGCACCCUGUCAACAGUAAAUCAACCACUGCACCCUGUCAAACCGUACAUCAACCACUGCAUCCUGUCAACCGUAAAUCAACCACUUGCACCUGGUCAACCAUGUAAAACAACCACUACACCCUGCCCAACCGUUUAAUCAACCACUGCACCCUAUCAACCGUAAUUCAACCACCUGCACCCUGUCAACCGUAAAUCAAACCCUGCACCCUCUCACCCGUAAAUCAACCACUGCACCCUCUCAACCGUAAAUCAACCAACCACUGCACCCUGUCAACCGUAAAUCAACCACUGCACCCUCUCAACCGUAAAUCAACCACUGCACCCUGUCAACCGUAAAUCAACCACUGCACCCUGUCAACCGUAAAUCAACCACUGCACCCUCUCAACCGUAAAUCAACCACUGCACCCUGUCAACCGUAAAUCAAGCACUGCACCCUGUCAACCGUAAAUCAACCACUGCAUCCUGUCAACCGUAUAUCAACCACUGCACCCUGUCAACCGUAAAUCAACCACUGCACCCUGUCAACCGUAAAUCAACCACUGCACCCUCUCAACCGUAAAUCAACCACUGCACCCUAUCAACCGUAAAUCAACCACUGCCUCUGUCAACCGUAAAUCAACCACUGCACCCUGUCAACCGUAAAUCAACCACUGCACCCUCUCAACCGUAAAUCAACCACUGCACCCUGUCAACCGUAAAUCAAGCACUGCACCCUGUCAACCGUAAAUCAACCACUGCAUCCUGUCAACCGUAUAUCAACCACUGCACCCUGUCAACCGUAAAUCAACCACUGCACCCUGUCAACCGUAAAUCAACCACUGCACCCUCUCAACCGUAAAUCAACCACUGCACCCUAUCAACCGUAAAUCAACCACUGCACCCUGUCAACCGUAAAUCAACCACUGCACCCUGUCAACCGUAAAUCAACCACUGCACCCUGUCAACUCUAAAUCAACCACUGCACCCUGUCAACUGUAAAUCAACCACUGCAUCCUAUCAACCGUAAAUCAACCACUUCACCCUGUCAACUGUAAAUCAACCACUGCACCCUCUCAACCGUAAAUCAACCACUGCACCCUCUCAACCGUAAAUCAACCAACCACUGCACCCUGUCAACCGUAAAUCAACCACUGCACCCUCUCAACCGUAAAUCAACCACUGCACCCUGUCAACCGUAAAUCAACCACUGUACCCUGUCAACCGUAAAUUAACCACUGCACCCUCUCAACCGUAAAUCAACCACUGCACCCUGUCAACCGUAAAUCAAGCACUGCACCCUGUCAACCGUAAAUCAACCACUGCAUCCUCUCAACCGUAAAUCAACCACUGCACCCUGUCAACCGUAAAUCAACCACUGCACCCUGUCAACCGUAAAUCAACCACUGCACCCUCUCAACCGUAAAUCAACCACUGCACCCUAUCAACCGUAAAUCAACCACUGCACCCUGUCAACCGUAAAUCAACCACUGCUUCCUGUCAACCGUAAAUCAACCACUGCACCCUGUCAACUCUAAAUCAACCACUGCACCCUGUCAACUGUAAAUCAACCACUGCACCCUGUCAACUAUAAAUCAACCACUGCACCCUGUCAACCGUAAAUCAACCACUGCACCCUGUCAACCGUAAAUCAACCACUGCACCCUGUUAACUGUAAAACAACCACUGCACCCUCUCAACCGUAAAUCAACCACUGCACCCUCUCAACCGUAAAUCAACCACUGCACCCUGUCAACUGUAAAUCAACCACUGCACCCUCUCAACCGUAAAUCAACCACUGCACCCUAUCAACCGUAAAUAAACCACUGCACCCUGUCAACUGUAAAUCAACCACUGCACCCUCUCAACCGUAAAUCAACCACUGCACCCUAUCAACCGUAAAUCAACCACUGCAACGUCUCUACUUCGCACUACUCUUACCUCUCUCGCUUUCUCAAUCUUCCCCUCUUCCUCUGUGCCUCUCUUUCUCUCUCUCUCAUCCCCUCUUCCCUGUUUUCCCCCCUCUCUCCAGGCAGCCUGUAAGGCAUCGGUAGCCUUCUGUCACUACUGUGUCAUGACUAACUUCUUCUGGCUCCUGGUUGAGGCCCUCUACCUCAACUCACUGCUUCUCUCCUCCUUCCACCACUACCACCGCUGCCUCUGGGGCUUUGGCCUGCUGGGCUGGGGUGAGCACUUUCCACCUCGCUCCCGACUCUCUGUCUGUCUGUAGUAAUUCCUUUGGUUCAUGAAAGAGCCAUUUGUUUAUGCAGCUUCAGUUCGUGGUGUGUAACGAUUCAAAUACGGUUUGAUAUUCAUUCCACUACGCGUUUUUAGAAUGAAUUGAAAUGAACUCAAGGUCAAACAACUGUGCAAAACAUCGCUUGCUCAUUAUUUUUAAAUGGCACAAAUAACUCUCUGUAGAUAGAGAGGACUGAACUUUAGUUAAGUUAAACUUAGUGGCCCGUGACAAUUCCCACUGGUAUUUUGGAUUGGAUUAAGAUGUUAAUAAUAUUUUUUCCCUUAUGUGACUUUUAGUCUUUCAUGCUGUCUAGUGUUGCAUAUAGUUAUUAUUAUUAAUCGUCUGAGAUAAAUUUGAGUUUUUCGAUGUGGCUCGUUGAUUUGCAUAUGAAUCAAGAAAUUGCUAAUUAAUUGUUCUGCUGCCAUUUCUCCCCCAAUCUGAUCAUGAUGCACAUUCUACUGAGAUGUUAACAGCAGGUGUUUUCCACUCAGUUAAUGAAAUGCUUAAAUACAUUACUUUUGCUAUUUCAAUUCUUGGUCCUUAGACAUUCAGGUGUAUUUAAUUGAAGCAGAACAGGGAGUAGAUUACAGGGAAGUUCUGGUAAAACCUGUGCAGCUACUGAAAGUAGUACUGAGCUCUAAAUUCUCCAUAAUUACUCAGUAAGUGCUACAUCUCAGCAUAUAAUUGCUACAUCCCGCUGACUACUCCAAAAUGUACUUAUUUUGUAUAAUUACUGUAUGUCUCUCAUGUUCAGCCAAACAGCACAUGCCUUUAAACUAACCAGUAUAACAAGUUCCUUCUUUCGUCUUCACAAACUUUACAUUUAUCAUUUGCCUCUACACUCAUUACAUUAACAUUAACACUUUACAUUAACAUUUUACUUUUCAAGUUUAUCCUUGAUUCUUUGCCUUAAUUUUCAGGUGUACCCAUCGUCUUCACAGUCAUAUGGAUUGGGUCCAGGGUGUAUUUUGAAGAUACUGAGUGAGCAUUAUUCUCUCAAAGUACUGUAUACCUGAUAACCCUAAUCGUGUACUGUCCUCAGUUGAGGCCAUUUCCUUUCCUCUAGAAAAUGGUUUGUGAUUUGGUACUCGCUAUUCUCAGUAGGGUUGUAUAGUCAGUGUUUACAUGUAACUAUAAUAUUCACAGAGAAAGGCUCUAGUUGGUCUUACUCCCACCAGAGACUGAAAUAGCUGAAGGGCCUUUACGUACUGUACUGUCUGUUUAGUCUGACCGAUCGUUCGCCUCUCCUCCUAUAGAUGCUGGGACAUCAAUGAGGACUCCCCCUAUUGGUGGAUCGUAAAAGGGCCAAUUGUUGUUUCUAUCGGGGUGAGUAGACCCUAUAGAGGUGCAGUCAUACACGUGUCAUUAUAUCUUAAAAGGGACAUACCUACUGAUUAUAGGUCAAGCAUAUCAUGGCAUUGUUCAAUACUCAUUUCUGAUGGGCUUGAAUGGCAUUCUAGAGUGUGCAUUAUUUUUUAAAAUCUUUAUUUAACUAGGCAAGUCAGUUAAGAACAAAUUCUUAUUUACAAUAACGACCUACACCGGACGACGCUGGGCCAAUUGUGUGCCGCCCUAUGGGACUCCCAAUCACGGCCGGUUGUGAUACAGCCUGGAAUUGAACCAGGGGGUCUGUAGUGACGCCUCAAGCACUGAGAUGCAGUGCCUUAGACCACUGCGCCACUCGGGAGCCCAUUUAAAGUGGAACUUACAGCAUUUUAACUACUUUGCAGAUAUGAAACAAAGAGACAAUCAUAAUAUCAGUCCAAAAUAUCUAAUUCCCAGUUUAUGCUUCAAAACCAAUGUUAUAAAGGGGGUUUAAAAAAAAAGUUAUAUUUGACUCAAAAUUCCAUGACAUACAGUAAGACAUUGUUGUAAAUCCCAGCUGGCCUGGUACAUUGUUUUGCUGCCUCCACACAUUCGGGACGCACUGUUUCAAUUUCACUGACUCAAUAUUUUGAACAAAAACAGACGACUGUAACUAAGGCUAGGAAUGUCAAUAUAAUCAAACUAGCAAGGCCAAUGAUCACGACUCUGUCAAACAAGGCCUGCGGGCCAAAUAGGACACACAAGCGAGUAUAAAUGAGUCAUCUACUAAUUACAGCCUGAUGUGCUUGCAUCAGUGAAUUCAACUUACAUUUUAGUCAUUUAGCAGAUGCUCUUAUCCAGAGCGACUUACAGUUAGUGCAUACAUAAUUUUUUAUACCCCCCGUGGGAAGCGAACCCACAACCCUGGCGUUGCAAACGCCAUGCUCUACCAACUGAGCUACAUCCCUGCCAGCCAUUCCCUCCCCUACCCUGGGCCAAUUGUGCGCCGCCCCAUGGGUCUCCCGGUCGCGGCCGGCUACGACAGAGCCUGGAUUCGAACCAGGAUCUCUAGUGGCACAGCUAGCACUGCGAUGCAGUGCCUUAAACCACUGCGCCACUCGGGAGGACAAUUGCGUUGCUUUUGUGUGUCCAGUUCACAGCGCACAGCGGAAGGACAGACACAUGUACAAAGUGUACAGACACUAAAAUGUUGCAGUCUGGCUUCACGUUGCUAAAACGCUGUCAGUUCCACUUUAAGCAAUAAGGCACGCGAGGCAGUGCUGUAUCAGUGACUGUAUUCAUGAGACAGCACUGCCUCGCAUGCCUUAUUGCUUUUAUAAAACUGUUACCAACAUAUUCAAAUAACAAUAAAUUACAUAUUUUCAUUCAUGUUUUAUUUUAAUAAAUCAAUUCAUUCAAUUUCAUUCUUCCACCAGAAGAUGUAGUCUGGACAAAAACCUUGUUGUUAGUUCUUUUGGUCAUGUUGCUAGAGACCCAGUCAUUAAUUAUUUUUGCAUAGUUACUAUGCAAAAGACUGGUCGUCCAUUCUAAACAAAAUGGUUGCUACGCAGGCUGGAUAACGUUCUUGUCACUUGCUAGCUAACUAGCCAACUUCAGCUAACUCAUUCACUUCAAACAUUGAACCUGGAAUGACAGUACACUAGCUGCAUUUUCAUUUGUUUGAGCAUUUUUUCUAUGGCCAUUUUCUUGGACAUGUCCCAUGAUAACGUAGUUCAGGCAUAAUUUCGACUGGCUCAGAAAAAGUUCCCGUUCACUCUAUGUAUGGUACUAAAGAGAACGAAAUUCAAAAGUGAAACGUUUCCAGAUAGGCAGACAGCAAGCUUAUAUUAACCCCUGCUGUCCCAAACUAAAUGCUAGAAUGGAAGCAACGGGAAAUAAUGUGAGUUGAGAUAAAUACAAGAGAUGAUUCAGACAGCAACAUGAACAUAAUAUUCUUAUGGAGGUGCAGUAAUAAUUUUCAGAUGAAACUGUUAGCAGGCAUAGGUGUGUGUGACGGUCAAUACAGCACAGCUUCGAACGCUGCUCGUCCAAUCAGCAUCCAGGAUCCAAACAACCAGUUUUAGAACUCAGCAAUAAGGCCCGAGGGGGUUUGGUAUAUGGCCAAUAUACCACGGCUGUCAGCCAAUCAGCAUUCAGGGCUCGAACCAACCAGUUUUUAAUUCCCUAUAAUGCAUGGUACAGUAUGUCAGCACGGUAGAAUUCAAUGGCUAUAGUUCAUUCUUACAUUCAUUCUUGCAGGUUUUGAAAGCAAAAGUCGAAUUGAAAACAGUACUGGCAUUGUUGAAUUAGAUUUCCAUAAUAGCAAGCUAGGACUGAUUGUUUGGUUAGCUAAAAACUGGCAACUCUGUUUGUUUGGUUACCAAGGCAACUACAGUAGCUCUCUAGUAAAAUUGAUGCCUACUUCAGUGCAUGUUGAACACAUUCCUCCCUGCAAAUGAACACAUUUUUAGCAGCAAAUGUGUAAAUUAUUGCCAUGGAAUAAAGGGGAUAAUCUACUCGGGCUUUGUGUUCUCUGAAAACUAAUUCAACUCUGUGGAAGGUUAUUUUCACCAAAGAUUUCUAUAACUAAACCAAGAGCCCACAGCCUGUCGUUUCCAAUGGGAACAAAUGAGUCAUAGUGGGCAGAACAAGCAAGGAGGUGGGCAGAGUCCAAAGGGUAAAGUCUACAAAACUUAGUCCACUCUGUUCAUAAGAUUCUAGUUUGGGGAACAGAAAACUGCAUUGAGAUCAAAUGUUUCAUUGAUGAGAAAAUGUGCAGAAUGUCGGCCAAAAUCCAUCUCAUUCCAUCUUCUCCCACUGCCGGCCAGUGGGUUUCCACUCACUACCAUAUUUGGUAGUGAGUGGAAACGCCAAGCGGAUGCUUCACAUUUAUACAUCCGGUGAAAUAUCUGUCUCGUUAUAUCCAUGGUUCCACUCAGCUGGCGUGUCGUGGAACACACCUUCCAUGUCAUUCAUUAUUUUCCAUAGAACGCAUAGCCUUAUCCCUUACUUAUGUGACAGGGAACUUGUGAUUGUUUUUUUGCCUACUUUUAAAGAAAGUUGAUGCUCUAUUCUGAUAUUUCUCCAAUGAUCUCUGUCGAUUCUAGGAAGGGAAAAUUGUCUUGAAUCCAUACAAAGCCAAAUACAGAGUGUGGUUUUCCUGUUGCCAUGGCAAUGCAUGUUGCAACCAAGCAAAGGAGGAAUAUUGUUUGUUUGUUUAGUUUACUUUAUUUAAUCCCCUUGGGAAUAUUGUUUCCUAGUUUUUCUAUAGCUGUACUCAUGUUGUGUUACUGUAAACCAUUUUGAGACACUGCUGAUUUAAAAAAGGGCUUUAUAAAAUGAUUGACACGAUUUGUAUGAAAUUAUUUUUAUCAACAGGUCAAUUUCAUCCUCUUUAUGAACAUCAUCAGAAUCCUGAUACAGAAACUGAACCCUCGUCUGAUCCAGUUCAAUAACUCAGACCACUACAGGUGAGGGGUCUUUUCAUAGGAUGAUACAAGAAAGGAGCGAUAUGAUUGGAUAAGAAGUUGGGUAUCCUAGUGGAGAGAUUAUUUGAUUGGGCAAUUCCAAUGGGAAGUUAUCUGCCUCGAAAAGACAGGGGGAGGCAAUUAUAGGAUACAAUCUAGAUUAUAUCUACUGUACUAUCGAUCAAUGGGAGAUCUGAAUGAAGCCAACUUUUCUAGUCUCCAUUUUGAGGAAAGAGAUAAUAAUCAUAAUCACUAUGACUGACUGAGUAUUCUGAGUACCUUAUGCAAUGCAGAAGUAGGUAAUAAAGUUUGUUGCUCAAGCACAUUCUAGGGUCUCUGAAGUCCAGUCCAUUUAGAGGUUACUGAAGGGAACGGUCUACUCAGUUGCUAGGCUGCUGCAUUGCGCCGGUUAAAUGUAGUACAUUUCAGCAGUACAUUAGAGAGAGAACAAAGUGUACGAAUUGUAAUGCAAAAGCACUUUUCAUGUACACCAUUAGGCCUAUUCUAGGGGCGCUUUUAGGGAGUUCAGAAACAGGCCUCUUAUGAAGAGCUCUGUUGCAGAUUGAUUGGCUCAGAGGCUUUGUAUACCGGAAAAACUGCAUCAAACUUUGAACUGGAGUUAAUUUGAUUUCAGUUAAUUUAAGUACAUUUUCAGUUCAUUUAAGUUAAUUAUGUUCCGUUAAUAUCAAUUCCUAUAGUUAAUUUCAUGUGAAUGUCUGUCUGCUACCUUCUGUAAUCAUGGCUGGAUUUCACUUCUAUUACUCAUUCACAUUGCACCACCUUGAUAACUUUCCCUCGCAGAUUUGAGAGCACUGGUUUAAUAGGUGAAAACAAUGGCAGAAAAUCUACCUAUUACUUACCUAUCCAGUCCCUUGAUAUCCAGGAAGGAGAGUAGUCAAGGGCUGAAGGAAGGGAACAUGUUUUCGUAAUGAAUUCAUCCUAUGUGGGAAAGGUCUGAUUCACCCAAUGUCUGACCAGGAACCUACACCACUUCACCCACCACUGAGUCACUGCAGUGUGUCUGACCAGGAACCUACACCAUAUCACCCACCACUGAGUCACUGCAGUGUGUCUGACCAGGAACCUUCACCACAUCACCCACCACUGAGUCACUGCAGUGUGUCUGACCAGGAACCUUCACCAUAUCACCCACCACUGAGUCACUGCAGUGUGUCUGACCAGGAACCUUCACCACAUCACCCACCACUGAGUCACUGCAGUGUGUCUGACCAGGAACCUUCACCACAUCACCCACCACUGUGUCACUGCAGUGUGUCUCACCAGGAACCUUCACCACAUCACCCACCACUGAGUCACUGCAGUGUGUCUGACCAGGAACCUUCACCACAUCACCCACCACUGAGUCACUGCAGUGUGUCUGACCAGGAACCUUCACCACAUCACCCACCACUGAGUCACUGCAGUGUGUCUGACCAGGAACCUUCACCACUUCACCCACCACUGAGUCACUGCAGUGUGUCUGACCAGGAACCUUCACCACUUCACCCACCACUGAGUCACUGCAGUGUGUCUGACCAGGAACCUUCACCACAUCACCCACCACUGAGUCACUGCAGUGUGUCUGACCAGGAACCUUCACCACUUCACCCACCACUGAGUCACUGCAGUGUGUCUGACCAGGAACCUUCACCACUUCACCCACCACUGAGUCACUGCAGUGUGUCUGACCAGGAACCUACACCACUUCACCCCUCAAGAGGCUUAGCAGAUGAAUACCUUAUUGGAGGGGAGUGCAUAAUAAUUAACUAGAGCCCUGAAAGCCUUCAUGCAUAUGUAGGUGCUAUUAUAUUAUCAGCAAAGGUCAGUGAAGUAGACUGUAAAAAAAAAAAAAAGACAUGAAUACCCAUAAUAUAAUAUAUGAUACCAGUAUUCUCCCACUCGUAAAUUACUUUGAAAUGCAUUAUUGUACACAAUCACAUAUACACCAACAUUUCACAGGCAUUUCGCUACACCCGCAAUAACAUCUGCUAAAUAAAUGUAUGUGUAUGCGACCAAAACAUUUGAUUUGAUAAACAUGUAAACAUAAACACCCCCAGAGCAUAUUACUCAAACGUAUUCUCUCUUCCCUCCUCUCUGCUAGACGGCUGACUAAAUCAACCCUCCUCCUCAUCCCCCUCUUCGGGACCCCCUACAUGGUGUUUAACUUCCUACCUGACUACUUCAGUGUUAGCAUGCGCCUCUGGAUCGAGCUCUGCAUGGGCUCCUUUCAGGUACUCUUGAUCCUCUUACACACACUCACAUGCUUGGCCUACACACACACACACACACACACACACACACCAGGGUUUCCGUUACGAAAAUUUGGUGCCGGACGCUUGACCCGCAGCAUUUUAAUUUACCGGUCAUUUAAGAAAUGUACCGGAUCCAUAUGCUAUGGUUGCGCAACCUGGUUAGAGCAUCCACAAAUCACAUUUACUUUAUGGAAAUUAAUCUUAACACAACAUGCAAUGCAAAUGCAACGGCGUGCGUCAUUCUUACCGAAUUCCGAUGAGCAAUUUGAAGACGUUAGAAUAAAUAGGCGGGGCGUCCAUAAGGUUAGGGAAGCUAAACGUUCCCAAAAGUAAAUUGAAUUAAAUUGCCGAAAUUAUGUAGCCUAAAUAGCUUACUCCUCUCUAUACAUAAAUAAAUAUAAUCAUUCAAAAUAGGCUACUACACCAGAAAGCAUGAUUUAGCCACAGAGGAUCAUUAGCUUCUUAAAAAACAAAGCUGUAGAUUGUUUUAAAUCGCAUAGCCUACAGUCGGAAGGGCAUGCAUUUUGGCCAGAGCGCUCGGCAAAUACCAAAUAGAAAAACCGUUUGGAAAGCGAAAUGGCUAUUGCUGUAAAUAAAAGACAACGAAAAGACUCCAAUCUGUCUUUUAAUGAUCAAAAUUCUCAACUUAAUUGAGCGAAAAGUAGCCUAUCUUAUUGGCACCCACGGAGAACAUCGGCCAUGCCCCCGGUGAUUGUGCAUAUUCACUGUCUUUAUCAUUGGAUCAGUGCCACUUUUGUUUGUUUUUGGACAAUAAUUUCCUCCUCCAGGUUAGGUGGACAUCAUAUUGUAUUUGUGUCUACCCGUUUUGUAGUCUGCUAACGUCUCCAGUCAUAUAAAAUGUAGUAGAAUUUCAUGAAAUGUGUUUAUGAAAGGCCAACAUUUUCCUAUACCCUAUAGGUCUAGUCUACGUCCAUACAUGUUGCAUUUAAGUAUUCUUUUUGCAAACAGUAAUUGAGUUAUAUUAUUAGCCUAAAUUAUGACUAUCUGGACUUAAAUGGCCAUGUACUCUUAAUCUACACAGGCACAGCCAAAAGAGGACUGGCCACCUCUCUAGGUUUCUUCCUAGGUUCCUGCCUUUCUAGGGAGUUUUCCUAGCCACUGUGCUUUUACAUCUGCAUUGCUUGCUGUUUGGGGUUUUAGGCUGGGUUUCUGUAUAGCACUUUGUGACAUCUGCUAAUGUAAAAAGGGCUUUAUAAAUACAUUUGAUUGAUUGAUGUUUGACUAUCCAAUCUAAUCAUCACAUUAGGAAUUAUUUUACAUAAGUCUGCAAAUGCGAGGAUAGAUGAACUGCUUUAUUAGGAAGGUGCAUUUCUAUGGUGAAAAUUAGUUUCCCCAAACUUGAAACCCACGAGCAGCCUAUAAUAACUAUCCACAUGUACUUUUCCUCAGCCAACAAGAUGAGUAAUGAACAGCAAAAUCACUAGCAUAUGUCAAUCUACUAUUCCCCAUAGUAUAAAAGUUUACCUAUUCUUUUGGUCAGCUUGUCGUUCGUUCUGUUCGAGAAGAAAAUUGCCUAUUCUAAACAGACUCUGGGACAGUUGUGGGAGGAUAGAUCCCAAAUGCAUACAACCAGUAAGCCUAGGCCACAUCCAAAAAGGCUCAUGCAACAGAUCAGAACGUUUAGCUUAAAAUGUUGAUAAACUAUUAUUUCUUCACAUUGGGCACAAGGCAGUAGGCUAUGCACAAAUGUUCAUUCCAUAAUGCAAUUAGUGGAAAACAUUGUGAGUGAUUUCAUGUGACAGAGAUGAAAAUAUCCAUUUGAAAUGUAGAAAGAGGGGAUAUCUAAAUAUGCAACAACAAUCACCCGACCUCAACCCAAUUGAGAUGGUUUGGGAUGAGUCGGACCGCAGAGUGAAGGAAAAGCAGCCAACAAGUGCUCAGCAUAUGUGGGAACUCCUUCAAGACUGUUGGAAAAGCAUUCCAGGUGAAGCUGGUUGAGAGAAUGCCAAGAGUGUGCAAAGCUGUCAUCAAGGCAAAGGGUGGCUAUUUGAAGAAUCUCAAAAAUAAAAUAUAUAUCUUGAUUUGUUUAACACUUCUUUGGUUACUACAUGAUUCCAUAUGUGUUAUUUCAUAGUUUUGAUGUCUUCACUAUUAUUCUACAAUGUAGAAAAUAGUAAAAAUAAAGAAAAACCCUGGAAUGAGUAGGUGUGUCCAAACUUUUAACUGGUACUGUAUAUACAUUGCAUUUACGUAAAUUAUUCCUGGGAUGGAUAGCACUUUUACAGCCUGUAAAACAAAGUCAUCCAAAUAUGAAAAAUUGAGCAGAUAAUUACAUUAACAACUUUUUAAAGUUGUAAUCAUGUAAUCUAGUUUCUGUCAUUUGGCCUUUUACAUAUUGUUAAAAAAAAUCGGAACAAAUAAAAAAUUGGAUAACAUCCCCCAAAAUGUUUUCAAGCUAUCUAGGGCUGGAAUAUAAUAACUUUCUCUUCCCAAUCAUGCCCCUCUCGAAUGCUCCUCUCCUUCUGUAAGAUCAAGUGCUUGACAGAGGGAGAUUUGGCUGGCCUGAGUGUUACCAGGCAGAGGUUUCUAAUGGUUUCCAGACUGAUCCAUCACGGAGUUACAGUGGGGGGGAAAAGUAUUUAGUCAGCCACCAUUUGUGCAAGUUCUCCCACUUAAAAAGAUGAGAGAGGCCUGUAAUUUUCAUCAUAGGUACACGUCAACUAUGACAGACAAAAUUAGGAAAAAAAAUCCAGAAAAUCACAUUGUAGGGUUUUUUAUGAAUUUAUUUGCAAAUUAUGGUGGAAAAUAAGUAUUUGGUCAAUAACAAAAGUUUCUCAAUACUUUGUUAUAUACCCUUUGUUGGCAAUGACACAGGUCAAACGUUUUCUGUAAGUCUUCACAAGGUUUUCACACACUGUUGCUGGUAUUUUGGCCCAUUCCUCCAUGCAGAUCUCCUCUAGAGCAGUGAUGUUUUGGGGCUGUCGCUGGGCAACACGGACUUUCAACUCCCUCCAAAGAUGUUCUAUGGGGUUGAGAUCUGGAGACUGGCUAGGCCACUCCAGGACCUUGAAAUGCAUCUUAGGAAGCCACUCCUUCGUUGCCCGGGCGGUGUGUUUGAGAUCAUUGUCAUGCUGAAAGACCCAGCCACGUUUCAUCUUCAAUGCCCUUGCUGAUGGAAGGAGGUUUUCACUCAAAAUCUCACGAUACAUGGCCCCAUUCAUUCUUUCCUUUACAUGGAUCAGUCGUCCUGGUCCCUUUGCAGAAAAACAGCCCCAAAGCAUGAUGUUUCCACCCCCAUGCUUCACAGUAGGUAUGGUGUUCUUUGGAUGCAACUCAGCAUUCUUUGUCCUCCAAACACGACGAGUUGAGUUUUUACCAAAAAGUUAUAUUUUGGUUUCAUCUGACCAUAUGACAUUCUCCCAAUCCUCUUCUGGAUCAUCCAAAUGCACUCUAGCAAACUUCAGACGGGCCUGGACAUGUACUGGCUUAAGCAGGGGGACACGUAUGGCACUGCAGGAUUUGAGUCCCUGGCGGCGUAGUGUGUUACUGAUGGUAGGCUUUGUUACUUUGGUCCCAGCUCUCUGCAGGUCAUUCACUAGGUCCCCCUGUGUGGUUCUGGGAUUUUUGCUCACCGUUCUUGUGAUCAUUUUGACCCCACGGGGUGAGAUCUUGCGUGGAGCCCCAGAUCGAGGGAGAUUAUCAGUGGUCUUGUAUGUCUUCCAUUUCCUAAUAAUUGCUCCCACAGUUGAUUUCUUCAAACCAAGCUGCUUACCUAUUGCAGAUUCAGUCUUCCCAGCCUGGUGCAGGUCUACAAUUUUGUUUCUGGUGUCCUUUGACAGCUAUUUGGUCUUGGCCAUAGUGGAGUUUGGAGUGUGACUGUUUGAGGUUGUGGACAGGUGUGUUUUAUACUGAUAACAAGUUCAAACAGGUGCCAUUAAUACAGGUAACGAGUGGAGGACAGAGGAGCCUCUUAAAGAAGAAGUUACAGGUCUGUGAGAGACAGAAAUCGUGCUUGUUUGUAGGUGACCAAAUACUUAUUUUCCACCAUAAUUUGCAAAUAAAUUCAUUAAAAAUCCUACAAUGUGAUUUUCUGGAUAUUUUUUUCUCAAUUUGUCUGUCAUAGUUGACGUGUACCUAUGAUGAAAAUUACAGGCCUCUCUCAUCUUUUUAAGUGGGAGAACUUGCACAAUUGGUGGCUGACUAAAUACUUUUUUUCCCCACUGUAUCUACUGUAUUAAUAAUUAUUCAUUCACUUCUCUAACAGUCAGAGACAGCCCGGGCUAGCGGACCAGACAGCUCCGUAAAAACAUUUGGAUUGUCAAUAUUUUAUCCGAGGUCACAUGAGGACAGGGUCUGAACACCUCCAAAACAAAGGUCAUGUGGUUUGGUAAGAAGAAUGCCUCUUUCCCCACCGGUGUGAUUACUACCUCUUAGGGUUUAGAGCUUGAGGUAGUCACCUCACACAAGUACUUCGGAGUAUGGCUAGACGGUACACUGUCCUUCUCCAAGCUGCAGGCUAAGAUUAAAUCUAGACUUGGUUUCCUCUAUCGUAAUCGCUCCUCUUUCACUCCAGCUGCCAAAACAAACCCUGAUUCAGAACGGAGUGCUCAGGUUGGGGUGUAGGCUUUGAGCAUAACCUGAAGGUAGAGAGGGGAAGUUCCUCUUGUUGCUCCGUAGGCAAGCACCAUGGUCUUGUGGUGGAUGCAAGUUUGACUGGAAGCCAGUGGAGUGUGUGGAGGAGCGGGUGCCAUGGGAAAACGUGGGAAGGUUGAAAACGUGGAAGGUUGAAAACCAGGCGGGCUGCAGCUUUCUGGAUAAGUUGCAGGGGUUUGAUUGCACAAGCGGGGAGCCCAGCCAACAGCAAGUUGCAGUAGUCCAGACAGGAGAUGUCAAGUGCCUGGAUUAGUACCUGUGCCGCUUCCUGUGUGCGGUAGGGUCAUACUCCACGGAUGUUGUAGCGCAUGAACCUGCAGGAGCGAGUCACUGCUUUGAUGUUGGCAGAGAAUGACAGGGUGUUGUCCAGAGUCACGCCAAGGUUCUUUGCACUCUGGGAGGGCGACACUGGAGUUGUCAACCGUGUUGGAGAGGUCUUUGAGUGGGCAGGCCUUCCCCGGGAGGAAGAGCCGCUCCGUCUUGUCGAAGUUAAGGUGGUAGGCCAACAUCUAAACUGAAAUAUCUGCCAGGAAUGCAGAGAUGGGGGGGGGGGGGGGGGGGGGGGGGGGUAGUUGAGUUUCAACUGCAUAGCAAUGAUGGGAGAGACCAUGUGAGGAUAUGACGGAGCCGAGUGACUUGGUGUAUAAAGAGUAGAGGGCUCCCGUGUGGCUCAGUUGGUAGAGCAUGGCACUUGCAAUGCCAGGGUUGUGGGUUCAAUUCCCACGGGGGACCAGUACGAAAAAUGGAUGCACUCACUACUGUAAGUCGCUCUAGAUAAGAGCAUCUGCAGAAGAGCAAAAUGAGAAUCUGUGAAUAACUAGGUAAGAUACUCGAGUGAGAGAGUGGUGUGGAGCCUUCCUCUCCUUCCUUCCUCCAACAACUCUGCAGAACCGUCUUUGUUUUGGCGAUGGUCUUAGUUUUGCCGACGAGACUGACACGACUGCCACUUACAGCUGCCGCUGAGAAACCACGGGAGACUGAAGAACUAACAAUAAUUGCUGAUUGCCUAGCAGAGGUAAAGAGGAUACCGCCCUGUGCUAAUUGAUGAUUGUCUAGGAGAGGAGAAUGUAUUCCCCUCCAAUAAAGCCACUGAUUACCAAAACAAGUCACAAAUUGCCCUGCACGUUGAUCCUGGUGGAUGUGUCAAUGUUAAUCUGCAAGUUAUGAGCAGUCAGCAGUUCACACACCAAGUAAGCUACUGGGAAGACAGGCAGCACUUAAAUUAGAUGGCCCUAGCUAGCAAAAAGACAGUACUAGACAACAGAUAAAAACACAAAUUAUACUUAUCAAAUAUAGAAAAAGAAACCAUUAGGCAACUAUGAGAAACAGGAAUAAACUAGCAUAAAUUAGCUCUAAUACAGGCUUCACUACAGUCCCCCCGGUUCAAUUCCAGGCUGUAUCACAACCGGCUGUGAUUGGGAGUCCCAUAGGGCGGCGCACAAUUGGCCCAGCGUCGUAAAUAAGGCCAUCAUUGUAAAUAAGAAUUUGUUCUUAACUGACUUGCCUAGUUAAAUAAAGGUACAUUUAAAAUAAAUAGUGCAUUACUUUUGACCAGAUCCCUAGUGCACUAUAUAGGGAAUACAACCAGUCUCAUCAACUAGUUCAACACUAGCAUGGCUUACAGCGAGCUCAUUACCAAGCAAGAUACAUAUUUGCGGUCGUUCAGCUGUCGAUGCUAUGGCUGAAUCUGUGCAGCAAUAUAUCAUAUACCUUUUAUGGCUUUAUUUACAAUUAUACUGGCCACAAUUAUACUUCACAAUUAUACUUCUCUUAAAUGUUGAUAACAUCUGGGUACUUCAAUGUUUUGAAUAUUGAUAGUUAUUGAUUAUAUAUUCUCUGUCUUCUAGGGGCUGAUUGUAGCGAUUCUCUACUGUUUUCUCAAUCAAGAG